AUGUCAGAUACGGACGGCGAGGAAGCGGCGGCGGCGGCAGCAGCCAAGCCCUUCUCCCUGGCCGCAUUACACUUCGGCAACAUUAACGACCACGGCCAGCUCGAGGGAGAAGAGAACUUCGACGAGGUGGGCUCCUCUCGGGGGCAGGGGGCUGGCGCUGGGCGCUGGGCAGGGGGCUGGGGCUCGCUACUCUCCGAGCAGUCGCCCCGGGACCGGAGCUCCAUAGCUAGGGGGCUUGCUCUGCAUGGGGAAGAGCUCUUCGACGAGGUGGUCUCCUCUCGGAGGCAGGGGGCUGGGGCUCGCUACUCUCCGAGCAGUCGCCCCGGGACCGGAGCUCCAUAGUUAGGGGGCUUGCUCCGCAUGGGGAAGAGCUCUUCCUCAGUCGCCAGGGAGGAGUGGGAGAGCUCCUGCAGAAAAGCGUAGCAAAUAUCUAGGGUUGUCAUGUGCCCUCUUUUUUUAAGGGGGGGGGGAAUUCUUCUUUUUCAGGGGGAAAAUUUCUGUUCUAAAUUUACCACAUUUUCUCCGGCUUUACUUUCUGGAUGAUACAUAGACAUCGCUGGUGGCUGAAGACUUGCUUUCCUCUUCUCUUUUCUUCUGCCCCCUGGGGGCAGGGGGGGACACCACUGGUUUGGUUUUGGAGCAUGUGCUCUGUGUGCAGAAGCCCCCUUCCCCAGUUCAACCCCUGACAUUGAAAGGUGGGGCUAGGAAUGUUCAUGUCUGAGGGAGUGCAGAGCCACUUCCAGCAAGCAUGGAGAAUUCUGGGCUGGGGGGACCACUGGUCUGGUUUUGGAGCAUGUGCUCUGUGUGCAGAAGCCCCUCCCCCCUCCCCCAUCAAGAAACCCUCUCGCCCUCUUCCAUCAAUCCCUGACAUCUCAAUGUAAGGAUUGGAGAGUUCCUGCCUGAAAGCCUGGAGAGCCAAUCACAUUAAUAGCAAAUGGUGGACUAGGUGGACCAAUGGUUUGGUUGUGGAGGAUGUGCUUUGUGUACUGAAGCCUCCUGGUUCGACCUUGACAUUUCAAGAAGGGGCUGGGAAAGUUCCUGCAUGAGUGCGUGGGAGCCUUUUCUAACAAGCAUAGCUGAUUGAAGCUGAUUAAAGCUACAGCAUUGGACAAAGCGUUAAUUAGAAGCCCCUUUCCCUGCUAUUGAAACACACACACACGCACAUUCUUCUUGCAGCUGUACAUCUGCUGUAACUGGUAGUACCUCUGCAAGAUAUUCCAGGCAGAGAAGGAUUUUUUCCCCACUUGUCCUUCAGUCUGAGAUGCCAAAGACUGAAUGUCACUGAGGUCUUGUCACUGAGCCCAUAGUGCUCCCCCCACCCACCUUCCAUAUGAAACAGUCUUAUAUCAAAUGAGACCUCUGGUUCUUCUAAACCAGCACUAUCUGCUUUAACUAGCAGUGGUUCUCCAGAGAUUUUUUUCAGCAUUGCAUCUUUUUAACUGGAGAUACUGAAGACUGGAUCUGGGGCCUCCUGCAUACAAAACGUGCUCAGCCAUCAAAACUACUGUCACAUCUUGUAUAGCUCCCAGGUAUGCAUUUCUGUUAAUAGUGCAGUGUGGCUAGAUGUUAUCUGCAGUGCAACUUACUGCUUUGUCCUCCUAAUAACUUUGCAGUUAUGCCUUCCCAACUCUACUCCAUAAUACUGUCUUUCCUUCCACUUCUGACCAACUUCUGUUCUCUUUCUUUCUCCCAGGAAACAAAAAAACGUUUGGCUGAUCUAGGGGCAAUGGAUCUGGGGAGCUACAUAACCGAAGCCACAGCCGGUGAAUAUGAUGCUUCUGUGGUAGAUGAAGCCCAUAUGGAUGAGGAAGGUGAGAUAACCUUUUUGCCUUGGGGGUCUGGGGUAGAACAGCCUUCUCUAACCUGGUGUCUCCCACAUGUUGUUGGAAUCCAGCUCACAUCAGCUCUAGCCCGCACAGCCAAUGGUCAAGGAAGAUGGUACUUUUGGUGCAACAGAAUGUGGAGGGCACCAGGUUGGGGAAGUCUAGGGUAGAAGAAGGGCUUUGGUCUCAGGAUCUGGGAUGACUCCUGUUUGUGUAUUAAAAAGAGGUCCAGCUGGUUGAUGCUUUAGUGAUGCUUGCUCAGCAUCUGCAAGCAAUGGCUAGACUUAGUAGCAAAGUGGCAGCUUCUGCUAGGUAAAGGUAAAGGGACCCCUGACCUUAGGUCCAGUCGUGACAGACUCUGGGGUUGUGGCGCUCAUCUUGCUUUAUUGGCCGAGGGAGCCGGCGUACAGCUUCUGGGUCAUGUGGCCAGCAUGACUAAGCCGCUUCUGGCGAACCAGAGCAGCGCACGGAAACGCCGUUUAUCUUCCCGCCGGAGCGGUACUUGCACUUUUGACGUGCUUUCAAACUGCUAGGUUGGCAGGAGCAGGGACCGAGCAAUGGGAGCUCACCCUGUCGUGGGGAUUUGAACCGCCGACCUUCUAAUUGGCAAGUCCUAGGCUCUGUGGUUUAACCCACAGCGCCACCUGCCAGCCCCCAAUACAAUAGCACAACGUUAUAUACAAUUAGCACAGAUGCUUCAGGAAGAAAUGGAUGAAAUUAUAUACCUCAGGUUGCAAUCUUGUAAACUCUUACCUGAGAGGAAGUAGCCACAUGUGAUAGGACUUUCUUUUUGUUUGUGGCUCCAACUCUCCCCUUCCCCAGAGAUGUAUUUGGUUCCCUCCCAGAUUUCUUUUAGUAGAGCUUAAAACCUUUUUCUUUGUCGAUCAGUUUUGUUAAGGUCAUGCUCUCCUCUGGGUUUGAUCUUCUCAUAGAUUGAUGAUGCAAGGGACAGAUAAAGAUGCUACUCUUCUGUUAAUUUUAGUGUUUUGUUAGAUGCCUAGGCAGAGCUUAAGUUUUGCCAGGACUCCCUCUCAGAUCUUCUUUGUUUACAGUCCUGGAUGUAGUGCUAGAUCCAGGAAAGCAAAAGGAAAACACUGAGAUCUGAAGAUUACAGACUAUAAUCUUGUAAAUGCUUGUCUGGUAGUAAGUAGCCACAUGUACCGUAUUUUUCGUCCUAUAGGGCGCACCGGUCCAUAGGACGCACCUCGGUUUUUUUGGGGGGGAAAUGAAUAAAAAAAUUUAUUUCCCCCCCCACCGCGGCUGCCGCCCCAAGCCUGGCGCACACCUGCCCCAAGCACGGGGCACCCUCCGGAGGGCUCCGCGUGCUUCGGGCUGCAGGCUGCCGCCCCAAGCCUCGCACGCCCGGCGGGACCGUGCUUUGGGCGGCAAGCUGCCACCCCAAGCCUCGCGCACCCGGCGGGACCUCCCGCCGGGCGCGCAAAGCUUGCGGACACUCGCCCGAAGCACGGGGAGCCCUCCGGAGGGCUCCGUGUGCUUCGGGCGGCAAGCUGCUGCCCCAAGCCUCGUGCGCCCGGCGGGACCUCCCGCCGGGCGUGCAAGGCUUGCGGAUAGCUUCCUGAAGCCUGGAGAGCGAGAGGGGUCGGUGCGCACCGAUGCCUCUCGCUCUCCAGGCUUCAGCGAAAGCCUGCAUUCGCCCCAUAGGACGCACACACAUUUCCCCUUCAUUUUUGGAGGGGAAAAAGUGCAUCCUAUGGGGCGAAAAAUACAGUAAUAGGCAGAAAUCAGAUGUCUAAGCAUAAAUCCUUAUGCCAGUGGAACAAAAGUUAGUGCUAAACUGGAUUCCAUCAGGGGAGCUGAUAUUCUGCACUGGGACUGAAGGGGUUUAUAUGUGAUGGUUCCUAUGUGUUGUGGUUCCUUUAAUUGCUGUUCAGAAAAAUUUGGUGCAUGGCUUCCUUUAUCUUACACCUGCAGAUCUUGUGAUUGGUGUUUGAAGGUCGCUGUGACCUGGCAACCAGCCAAGGUUAUGGUCAUUCUUGAGUAUAUUAAGAGAGGGUUUGUACAUUAUCUGUUCGGUUUGCUGUGAGGAAGCUCUGCCAGAUUGAUACUGAGCUUUGUGUUGUAUGUAUGCUGUGAGUUGUACUUGCUUUGCAUUUGAAGCCUGCACCUUCUACCAGGGAUCUAGUGGAAGCCUGUACUUUAUGUAUACAGUGAAACUAUCUUAAUGCUUUGGACCUGUCAGUAAGUACUGAACUGACUGAAAAGUUGGAGUCUGACUGAAUUUCUUCCAGCACAAACUGCACUGCCAUGAACCUACAUGCUUGGGGAGCUGCACGUGCUUGGCACAAGCCCUAUGCCAACAGCUUCUAUGUGAUUUGUUAUCUGCACCUGGUUUGUUCAUAUUCUGUGAAUUAAAUAUUGUAUUCCUCCCUCCCUCCCUCCCUCCCACCCAUUCCUUGCCUUGGUGUUUCCCUUACAGUCAUGGGAAAAAGAAAGUGCGCCCUCUUUGAAUUCUGUGGUUUUACAUAUGAAGACAUAAUAACAAUCAUCUGUUCCUUAGCAGGACGUAUUACACUUUUGCUUUUAUCAUCAUGCCUAGUUGCUGGUGGGAAUGAGGCUUAGGAUACUCCUGCGAAAGCCAUACUCCUUUUUCCCACGUCCUUCAUGAAUGUGUGUGCAGAAGCUGUGAUAGGAAAAAGGUGUUGCCUGCUGGAUCUGUAAUUUUGCUGUGUUUUCUGUUUCUCCCUCCACCACUAGGCUGGGUUAAGAGUAAUGACAAUGCUGUUGAUUAUUCUGACAUUACCGAGCUGGUUGAAGAUGAUGUCCACAGUGGGCAGGUGGUAUGCAGCCCUCAGCUAGUUGUGAGGGCAGGUAAGCGGUGGCAGAUGGUUUCCUCUGUCGCCUUUGGCAUAACUGAUCAAGCUGGUUCCUGCUGCCCUGAUGUCCGUGCUGGUUCUCUCUUGCUCUUCUUCUUUAGAGUCCUAUACCUUUAAUAAUUGCAACCCUGGUUUCUGCUCCUGGUAAACAUUUUAUCAACGGAGUCAGUCUUGCAUAGUAUGCUUUUCCAUUGCUCUGCCCACCUUGGCCCCUGUUACAGGAGCUGAUGGUAAUGAAGAUUGCAUUAAUUGGAUGUUUUAGCCCUAGGCCUUUCCAUUCCCAUAGCAGGUGUCUCAGCUGUGGGGAAUAGGGGAAAGUUUUUUUAAAAAGAGAAAGUGGCUAGUUCCCUUGGAUUCUUUCACAUUUUUCUGUCUGAAGUCAUCACUUGCAAAUAUGUCUCAGGCUUGGCUAGCCAAAGGACAACCUUCUUUCACAUGGCCAGACCAUGGAAGAUGAGGCAAUCAGUGGCUACUUACCAUGACUGAAUUGAUUUUAGAAUGUAUUUCAAUUAAUUGACUGUGAUUUUAUGUAAACUGUGCUAUUUUUACUGUUUUUAGCCGCUCUGAGCCCAGCUUUGGCUGGGGAGGGCGGGAUAUAAAUAAAUUAUUAUUAUUAUUAUUAUUAUUAAUCUCCACUAAUGCUUUACAUUGGGCCAGGUGCCUGGCCCACCUAGGUAUUAUCUUCCCUGGCUGGCAGCCGUUCUCUGGGGUUUCAGCCAAGGAGUCUCUACCAAAUACCCCUGGAGAUGCCAGGAACUGAACCAGGGAGCUUCUGCAUGCAAGGCAGAUGAUCUACCACUGAUCUAUUACCCUUCGUCUGGGGGCCCUCGAGGGUUGCAUUGGGCUGCUGUAAUCCAAAUGAAUUCUGACUGGUCUGUGUUGUGCCAUUUAUUUAUUCAGUGGAUUUCAUUGCACUGUAUCCCAGCCUUAUAUUGGAGGUUCAGGCUGAGUUGUGAUGUUGGUUGUGCUUAUGCACAUUCCCAACCUGCUGCCCUUUGAUUUGAUCUUUGGUGCUGGCAUAGAUGUGAUCAUGCUCCCCCCACCCCCCGUGGAAGUGCCAUGGUCUGAUCACUAUGCUCUGAAAGCCAAGAUUGACUUCCCGCUCCUCCCCUGCUUGGGUGGCGAACCUAUUUGGGCUCGUCCACGAAAACAGAUGUACGCUGAUAGAUUCCGACAAGCCUUGCGGGACCCUGCUCCUCCUGGUGACUCAUUAGAUGACCUUGUUGAGGACUGGAAUAACUGGCUCUUGGCGGCCAUUGAUGAGAUUGUGCCUAAGCACCCUCUGCGACCCCGUCGAAACCGGGCCCCUUGGUUUACCGAGGAGCUCUGGAAAAUGAAGCAGGAUCUCAGAUGGCUAGAGCGAGUAUGGCGAUGGACUUGUGACAGAGCCUCAAGAACAUCUUAUAGGACGCUUAUGAAAGCUUAUGAAAUGGCUAUGAAAGCUGCUAAGAAAUCUCACUUUGCAGCUUCCAUUGCAUCCGCUAGCUCUCACCCAGCACAACUUUUUAGAAUAAUUAGGUCAAUAACGUCCUUAGGAGGACAACCAAAUUUAAGCACAAAUUCGACCCACAGCUGUGAGGCAUUUGCGAGCUUUUUUGCAGAGAAAGUCCUGUUGCUCUGCCAUGACCUCCCUGCCAAUUUAGAUACAGUGACAGAACUGGAGGCCCCUCGAUUGUCCUCGGGUCCAGUGUUAGACCAUUUCGAUCGGAUACCCCCUGCUGAUGUGGAUAGACUCCUCCAAGCUGGUAGGCCCACCACCUGCCUCCUCGAUCCGUGCCCGUCUUGGCUGAUUAGGGCGUGCCCAGAUAUCGCACGGACUCCCCUGGUUGAAAUUAUCAAUUUGUCCCUCGACACAGGGAUAUUCCCAGGGGAGCUGAAGGAAGCAAUGGUGUGUCUGCGCUUAAAAAAAACUUCACUAGAUCCUUUAGAUCUAUCCAAUUACCGCCCAGUUUCAAAUCUCCCAUAUCUGGGUAAGGUAAUUGAGAGAGCAGUUGCAGAACAGCUUGGUAGUUUUCUGGAGGAAACAUCGGCUUUAUCGUUCCAAUUUUAGUAUAUGUGCUGCCGAAGCGAGCGCUGAAACAUCGGCUUUAAUCCAUUUCAGUCCGGAUUCUGUCCUGGGUUUGGGACCGAGACGGCUCUGGUUGCCCUAAUAGAUGAUCUCCGCAGACAACUGGAUUGAGGCGGGUCGGGACUGCUGAUUCUCUUAGAUUUGUCAGCAGCCUUUGACAUGGUUGAUCACGAUCUUUUGGACCACCACCUCGCCGACGUGGGGAUGCAGGGCAUAGCCCGUAAAUGGCUGUGCUCUUUUAUCACUGGUCGGGGACAGAGGGUGGGAGGGAGAUGUCGUUGCGCCACUCCUUGGUGUGUGGAGUGCCGCAGGGCGCAAUCCUCUCCCCGAUGCUUUUUAACAUUCUUAUGCGCCCCCUUGCCCAGAUUGUCCAGAGCUUUGGGCUGGGUUGUCACCAAUAUGCUGAUGACACUCAGCUCUAUCUGCUGAUGAAUGGCCAUACUGACUCGAUCCUGGACACACUGACCAGAUGUUUGGAAGCUGUGGCUGGAUGGUUUCGUGGGAGCUGAUUGAAACUAAAUCCUUCGAAGACAGAGGUCCUCUGGCUGGGUCGAGAUGGUAUGGGGAUGAGGGACCAACUCCCUUCUCUUGCAGGGGCCCAAUUAGUGCCAUUGCCUUCCAUUAAGAGUUUGGGUGUAAUCCUUGACGCCUCCCUUUCCAUGGAGGCGCAGGUUACAGCAACAGCCAAGGCAACAUUUUUCCACCUUCGUCGCAUCAAGCAUUUGGUCCCUUACCUUUCCCGCCCCAACCUGGCCACAGUGAUCCAUGCGACAGUCACCUCCAGGCUUGACUACUGUAAUUCGCUCUACGCGGGGCUGCCCUUGAAGCUGUCCCAGAAACUCCAGCGGGUGCAGAAUGCUGCAGCGAGGCUCCUCACAGGGUCUCUGCCAUGGGAGCAUAUUCACCCAUGCUUUUCCAGCUGCACUGGCUCCCGAUGGAGUACAGGGUCAGAUUUAAGGUGCUGCUUUUGACCUUUAAAGCCCUUCACGGCCUAGGACCCUCGUACCUAUGGGACGCCUCUCCUGGUAUGCCCCGCGGAGGACCUUAAGGUCCAUAUAUAGCAACACCCUAGAGGUCCCAGGCCCUAAGGAAGUUAGAUUAGCCUCAGUCAGAGCCAGGGUCUUCUCAACAGAGCCUGGUGGAACGUUCUGUCUCAUGAGACCAGGGCCCUGCAGGAUCUGAUUUCUUUCCGCAGGGCCUGUAAGACAGAGUUGUUCCACCUUGCCUUUGGCUUAGAAUCAGUUUGGUUCCCUCCCCCUCUUUCUUUUUCUUUUCUCCUCCGGUGAAGAGGCUACAUCCUAAUGUUUUAAUGUUGUAUUUUAAUCUUUUUAAAUUGUAUUUUAAUCAACUUGUUUUUAUUAUUGGUUGUUAGCCGCCCUGAGUCCAGUCUUGGCUGGGGAGGGUGCGGUAUAAAUAAAAAUUUAUUAUUAUUAUUAUUAUUAUUAUUAUUAUUAUUAUUAUUGGGGGUCAUAGGAAGCUGCCUUAGACCAUAGCUCCAUCUUUUUCAGUGUUGUCUACAUGGACUAGCAGUGGCUCUCUAGGGUUUCAAAUUAGGCCUAUCGCAGCCAUGCCUAGCGAUGCUGGGGAUUGAACCUGAGGUGUUCUUCAUGCAAAGCAGAUGGUCCUCAGCCCUUCCCCACAGGAAACCUAAAAAUGACAGAAAUAACUAGUUGAGUGAGGGGAAAUAUGUGGGAAUAGAAGAUGAUGGAGGAUGCCUGGGUCUUCUUGGAAUGUUAAUUCUGGUGGCUUUUAACAAGGACAACGAACUGGAGGUGCGAUGAGAUGGAAGGGCUGCCCAUCAUUGAGUUCCCCCCUUUCUUCCUUAGGUGGUGUUUCUGUUUCUGGCUCUGAAGAAAUCAGUUCCAGGCUGAUGACUCCUUCGCCACCGCCACCUCCAGCACUGGAGGAACAGGACACAACUUAUUCUGGUGCGUAUGCACUCAUGGGAUGUGACUGUGAGCCCUCUAGAGUCAGGGGUAAGCAGAAGGUAUACAGGAGCAAAACAAGCACACUGUACUCCACUUGUUAUUUUUCAUUGUAACACCUAGCUCUCAUCUCAUUACGUUAAGGAUUUAUGGUUGCGCAAUAGCUCGACAGUCACAGAAUCUACUGGUAGUGGGAGAACUUGAUCUGGGUCAUUCAGACUUCUUGAGUGCAGGGUCAGUGUGGCUUUGGGCAUGCCCAAGAGGAUUCUCUGUGACUCUUCCCUUGCCCUGCCCCACACCACACCACUUUUGUCCCGAAUGCAAGCUGCAAUUCUCAAGAUGCCGGGUUCCAUUUGAAACACUGCUCUUCUUUCCACUUCAAUGCCUGAAUUAGCUUUCUGCCAUGUUGAGGUUACGGAACAGAGAUUUUCUUUCUUUUCUCUCUGAGAGAUGCUCUCCAUUCCAGGGAAUGAAGACAGCGAGAAUGCCAUCCAGCUGCCCACCAUUUCCUCUUCUGAAUCUGAGCAGCAGUCCAAGGAAGACAAGUCUACAUUUCCGCUUGCAGGGAUAAUGCAGCAAGAUGCCACCGAGCAGCUGCCCAGCGCCACAGACCUGUUCCCUGAAUUCCGGCCAGGCAAGGUAGGGCUUGAGGGUUGAGUCGGAAUGAAAGGCUGCACUUCAUGGUAGAAGGAUGGGCGAUUUCUCUCUGUACUUCUGUUUAUUUCACAAAUUUAUAUACCACUUGAUUGUAAAUCCUCCCCCCACCCCCACCCCCAAAACAGUUUGCAGAAGGAAUAAAACAAUAAAAUUAUCAGUAACAAUAGUUACAAACAUCUAUAUAAAACAAAAUAUAAUUGCAUUUAACAAUAAGCUAAAAACAGAUUAAAGCACAUGGCAACAUUCUACAUAUUUGGGUAGGCUUGUCUAAGCAAAAGUGCCUUUAGCAGCGAGUUCCAUAGUGUAAAUUCCCAAAGUGUAAAGGCAGGGCAAGUAUUAUACAGCACCUGCAAUGGUGUCAGUUCUGCAGACUGAAGCUGUUGGGUGAGCACAUUUCAGGUAUGGUGAACUUCCAUUUUGGCCCCCGGAGCCCUGAGAUGGCUCUGUGUCUCCUGCUCCUCUCCCAAUCCUUCCAGGCUUCCUGUCUCAGGAUGCAGUUACCUUGCCAAUUCCUAGUAAGAGUGUAAAAAGCUAGGUGCAUCUCCUUUUCUUCAGGUGAGGGUUCUCUUGUGGUCCCAAAUGAUUAGCGUAAAUUCCCAAGCUUGAGGUAUGUGUAAUGACUGUGGGGAGCUCAGGCUGGAGGCUAAUGAAAAGCACUUUUCAGCACUAAUAGCCCCCCACCUGCCCCCAGGAUGUGAAUAAGUCCCAAGAGCAACAAGAUCGCUGGUACCUCCAUAUACUGUGCCCUAUGAGAGAAAGCUGGACAUGGCUUAUUGUGUUGGACUGUCUCAAAGCUUGUCAUUUGGAGGUGGGUGUAGGUACAGCUGGGGAGGAAAAGGAUAGCCCUUCCCUCCUCGGCAGCAUACACCUCCGCAGCCCACCCCACCCAGCCACAUUUAGGGUCGGGAAAGGCCUCCAGGUGACUCCAGAUUUGAAGCUUAAAUGUGGUGCUUCCCCCUCCCAAACUGAAAGUGCGGCUCUAGUGCAGUUGGGCUUCAGAAAAGCCUCCUGUUCACUCUGGGAGGAGCCUUUUAGGCAAGCCUGAUUGUUGCAGGCGCAGAUGCUACAUUGAUGGAAUGGAUAUGGGUGCCCAUGAGUGUAAGGGAGGCAAUGAGAGUGAGUGAGUGAAUGAAUUUGUGUGCUGUAUGUGUAUAAUGCUUGAGCAAGCGUGGGGUGGUCCCACCCUCCACCAGCUCUGGCCCAGCUCUCUUGGGCUAUGUCUGUUUACGUUUUGGACUCUUCCUCCAUUGGCAUGCGACCCACCAAAGGUUAGCCAUGUGGGAAUGUGGCCCCCAGGUUGCAGAAGUUCCCCCACCCCUUCUGCAGGUCUUGCAAACCCACCUGGAGAGGACUGCCUCCACAGCCAGCUAGAGUGACAGAGAGAUGCGGCCUGAUGGCAAACUUAAUGUUUCCAUGCUUGACAUGCCCUGAGUGAUCAGAGAGACCAGCCACUUAUGCCUCCCAACCUUCGCUCACUUCUUUGUCCUUCCCUGUAGGCGCUGCGAUUUCUGCGCCUCUUUGACCCUGGCAAAAAUGCCCCAUCUGUCUGGAGCACAGUCCAUGGGAGGCUCAAGAAGAAGAAGAAGAAGCAGCACCAGAAAUCAACUCAGAAAGUACAGUUCCAGAAAGGAGAAGCUGCUACUGAGGAAGGCACAGAAGGCAAAUCGUCCUGGGAGUACAAGUUUGCCCCAACUCCUCCUCCGGAGCAGUGCCUUUCUGACGAUGAGGUGGGUUUCUGGGAGCAGAGAGGAGGAUGGAGUAGGGGAUUGUUAGUGUGUUCGCUGCUUUUACUGUCUCACAGCAGAGUUACUUAGAAAGCCUUCCAGCAUCUUCACAGCAGUCCAGCUCUCUGUCAGUGGGUCUGUUUAGCCUGGAAAAGAGGAGACUGAGAGGAGAUAUGGUAGCCAUCUUCAAAUAUCUCAAGGGCCGUUACAUGGAAGAGGGAGCAAGCUUCUUUUCUGGAGGGUAGGACUCAAGGCAAUGGCUUCAAGUUGCAAGAAAAGAGAUCCCGACUAAACAUUCAGAAAAACUUUCUGACAGUAAAAGCUAUUCAGUCGUGGAACGGACUCCCACGAGAGGUGGUGGACUUUCCUUCUGUGGAGGUUUUUAAGCAGAGGUUGGGUCAUGGAUGCUUGAGCUGAGAUUCCUGCAUUGCAGGGGGUUGGACUAGAUGACCCUGGGGAUCUCUUCCAACUCUAAGAUGCUAGGAUUCUCUGAAAUGAAGAGAGCCUCUUUGCUCCCUGCAGCCAUCUAAUUAGAGAGACAGACUCUCACAGACACAGGCUGACACGGAAUCUCUCCUCCCUCAGAGGUGCCCCACCUGAUGCUGGGGAGGAUUCUCAUUGCUAAGCAACUUGCUUCAAGGACAGACUCUGUUCCAAGCACCAUUUAAAGUUUAUCUAUGGAAUACAGCAGCAGGGGUGGGAUGUAGUUCAUGCCAGACAGCCUCUUUGCUACUUCAAAAGAGAGGUUGUGGAUUCCUGUCUGCCUUGCUGUAGGACAUAGGUUCCCCUGCCAACAACAGCUGAAUCUCUUCCUACCAAGAAGGCUGGCUGAGAAAUAUUAGUCUCUGCAAAGCGAAUGCCAAGUGCAAAUCAGUGCUGAGGAUGGUCCAAGUCCUCUGGAGAUGUUCUCUACCACCUCUCUUUUUUAGAAAAUAAUUUUUAUUAAGUUUUCAAUUUUACAUCUCCAAAUAAACCUUUUACAAACUUUAAAAUAUCUAGUGACUUCCUUCUACUCUUUCCAUGGUUCAUUUUACACAUCCCUGCAUAUUUUUACUAUAACCAUUCAAAUCAGUUUUCCACUUUUACAUCUAUCAAAAAUUAUUUACUCUGUUGAAUUUAUCUUAGUUCUUCCAGCAUUUUCAGCUUUAUAGUUAUUUUCCAUAUAUUCAAUAAAUGAUUUCCACUUUUCUUUAAAUAUAUGUUCUUCUUGCUCUUUUAUUUUAUGUGUUAAAUAUACAAGUUCUGCAUUUUCUGACAGCUUAAGUUGCCAAUCCUCUUUAGUUGGGACCUCACUCACUUUGCAUUUUUGGGCUAACAAAACAUGGGCCGCAGCUGUUGCAUACAUAACCUUUUCUGACACCUAGGAACUUCAGUCUGGGUUAUUCCUAACAAAAAGGACUCUGGUUGGGUUUUUUUUGGGGGGGGGGAGUAGUUUUAAAUAUUUUUUUCAAUUAAUUAUAAAUCAUUUCCCAAUACACUUUUAUCUUGUUACAUGUCCACCACAUGUGAAAAAAAGUUCUCUCCACUUCUUUACACUUUCAGCACAUAUCUGAUUCUGUUUUAUAAAUCAUAGCCAACCUACUCAGAGUUAAGUACCAUCUAUGAAUCAUUUUCAAAUAACUUUCUUUCCAUGAAUAACUUUCAGUAAAUUUCAGGUCACUUUUCCAGAGUUUCUCUCAGAGGUUGAGAUCUAUAUUGUGUCCUAUAUCUAUUGCACAGUGUGUCUUUGAAGCUUUAACAAGCUCGUCUUUUGUUUCCUGUUCUAGUAGAAAAUUAUACAUUUUAGACAAAGGUCUAUCCUUUUUUUGUAAGAUUUUUCCCCCUCUUCAAAUUGUGAGCUUUGGUCCAGAAAUCAAUUCUUUCUAUCUCAUUUAAACAUGUUGUGUAACUGGUGUUAUUGCAACCAAUCUGUAACUUGGCUCCUUAAGUCUUCCAUAGGUUUCAGUCUGGGUUCCCUCACUGUAAAAUCCAGCAGUUCCCUGUAAGCUGCCCAUUGUCAGUCCAUAUUAACUCUCUUAAUUGUAAUUGCUUCAGUGGGAUCCAGCUCCCCUCGCUUGACCCUCUGACUCCCUCUCCCCCUCCAGAUCACCAUGAUGGCACCGGUGAAGCCCAAGGCGUCCCAGUCUAAGAAAAACACAAAGGUGGCAGCCACGUCCAAGGUGGCUGAAUGGCGCCAUGGGCCUGCCAAGUUCUGGUAUGACAUGUUGGGCGUCCCCGAGGAUGGCAGCGGCUUUGACUAUGGUUUCAAGAUGAAGGAGCAUAAAGAGGAGGAGGUGGGUGUGGAGGAAGGGCUCUGUUUUUCCUCUCCCAAAGCAGCAGGAGGAGGUAAGGGGCGCAGCUACCAGCACCUUGACCAUUUUCUGUUCUCCCUUCAGACUCCUAAGGCUGAGAAGGACAAUCUGCUGUCAGAUGAGGACUUCCUCAUGGUGACCCAGAAGCACUGGGAGGAUGACGUGAUCUGGAACGUGGAUGACAUCAAGGAGGAUCCCAAGGCAAAGCAAGCGAGGCAGGAGGCCUGGUUGCCCUCCAGUACGAAGACAGGUGCCGUUGCCACCAGCACCCAGCAAGGUAAGGUUAGCAGGCAACUGGAGGAAGGGCCAUAUCUCAGUGCCAGAGCACACCUGCUUCGCACACGGAAGGUCCCUGGUUCAGUUCCAGCAUCUUCAGGUACGGCUGGGAAACGUGGCCUGAAAUCCUGGAAUGCUGUUGCCUGUUAGUGCCCACAAUACUGAGACUGAUGGACCAAUCUUGGUAUAAAUCAGCUUCCUAUAAUUAUGUAUCUUUAAAGCUGCAGGUUGCAUUAGUAACAAUACCAUUGUCAAAACAUUAUUAUUGGUAGUAGUUGUAGUAGUAACCCUUUUAUAUAUGCAGUAUAUAUGUAUCAAAAUGAUUUACAGACAGGCCAAAGAAACAGAUUACAAUUUUACUCUGUGAAGCACCCUGAAAUCUUAUGAUGAAGGGUAGUAUAUAACUCAAAAUAAUAGAAUAAAAGCAGUACGACCCCCACCCAGCCCCCGGCAAAUAGAUUUCAAAAGCAAUACGAAACAUACCUGUAACAGAGACGUUUCACCUCACUGCACAAACUUAUUGAACCGAAAAGUUCCUCAAUUUGUCAGUUUGUUUUUAAUGUCUGAUUUUAUGUUUUCAAUGAAUUUGUGUGUGUGUGUGUGUUUUAUGUGAAUGGCUUAGAGCAGGGAUGUCCAACUGGUCAAUGGCGAUUGACAGGUCGACCCCCGGUUGAUAUAAGUCAAUUGUGGUUGAUUGUGGGCUCAUUUUCCUCCUCGGGUGGACAUCCCUGGCUUAGAGGGUUUCGUUGUUGUUGAUUAUGCAGUAUUUAAAGAUAUUGCCAAGUAAAUAGACAAGAAGCACACUGGCCCCUUUUUGGACCAUGUGCCGCUGGACUUCGUUUGGCCUCCUCAACAUCUUCUUGCAUCUGUUGCCAGGACUGAACUGCAGUGGGUGCCUGCUCAGUUUGCCUCUCCCUCUGACACACAAAGCCCAGCAUGUCGGGAGUGUUGGGCCUUGCUCAGCAAAGAGGAGCAGCUCCUCAAACAGUAGAGAGGAAAGAGGAGGCUUGUACCAUGCAGUGGAGAGAUGUUCUAUGUUAGUCAGCAAAAGGGAACGGGCAAUAAUUACCUGGCAGGAUCUAGGUCUGACGUGUCAGCUUCAGCCCUGCCCACAUUUCAAGCUUGAGGCCUAUUCAGAGGAACAGCAGCAGAUCUGUACUCAGUCAGUGACCAUUGAAGAGUUGUUGAAUCUGGGAGUCCCUGCCCCAGGACAAGAGAUCCCAGCACCUGGGGUUCCUGGAUGGCUCUUUGACCCCCCCACCCCAAAACAAAUCUCCCCCAGGAGCACAGAAUGCAAUGAACCAGGCAGGAUCUUCAGAGACACUGCCAAAGAUGCUGGUUUAGCUGCAGAGGACACUAUUGGGGUGGCUUUAAACAAGAUUAGGCAAAUCCAUGUAGGCCUGUUAACCCUGAUGGCUAUGUUCUCCCUACAUUGCUGGAGACAGUAUGCUGCUGAAUACCAGUUUCUGGAAACCAUAGGAGGGGAGAGGUCUUGCUUGUGGGCUUCCCAUUAGGGCAUCUGGUUGGCCACUGAGUACAAGAUGCUAGACUAAUUGGGCUGUUGGCAGGACUUCUCAUAUAUCGUUAUGAGGUCUUGAGAGAGCAGUUCCUUGGAACGGAGGUGCUGAAAUUCCAAUGUACCUCAAGCAUGUGGCAGUCAGUGGAGAUAUGGUCAUUUGUAUCCUUUGCGUUUCUGGAAAUAAAAUUGCUAGGGUGUUGAGGAACAAAUGGAAGCAGGGCUGUAGUGAUAAGGACCAAUCACCUGAGUCAUCACCACACACAUGGCAAAAAACAAACAAACCCUCUCCCCAUAUGCUGAUAACUUGUGUUAAAUGAGCAGCAUCGAUUCUACAAUAAGCCUCUGUGUGGAAGGAAGCACCCUCCAUUGACAAUGUGCUCUUCCUCUUUGUCUUGCAAAAUUCACACACUCUGCCCUUACAUCUUCUGAGGGUCAAGUCUGUGCUUUGGAGAGGGUGGUCAGCAUCAUUUGGGUAGAUAGGGGCAAGAGGAAUUUGACAGGGUCCUAGUUCUCUGGAGAUCUUUACAGGAGUGCUUUUGUUGUGUCGUUGCAGCAAAUCAGAAAGAAGGCAAGCCAUGGUACUCUAUUUUCCCCAUUGAGAACAGAGAGCUCAUUUAUGGCCGUUGGGAGGACAACAUCAUCUGGGACCAUGAAGCAAUGGAGAAUGUCUUGACUCCAUCGGUCAUGACACUUGACUCAGACGAUGAAAAUCUAGUCCUGGGUUUGUUCACACAAUCACCAUGCUUUUCCUUUGACCUACUAGUGGUUGGAAACAAGAGAUUUCUGGCUUUCUGGAGAUCAGUGAUUUUGCAGGGUUGGGUUGGGGAACAUAGAUGCAAAAUUCAGGUGGACUGAGGAAAUAAUGAUGAUGAUAAUAAUUUUAUUAUUUAUUAUUUUUACCUUGCCCAUCUGGCUGGCUUGCAGCAUAUAUAAAAACAUAGUAAAAUGUCAAACAUUAAAAACUUCCCAAUACACAGCUGCCUUCAGAUGUUUUCUAAAAGUUGUGUAGUUCUUUUUAUAUCUCCUUGCCAUCUGACGGAGGGUGUUCCACAGGGAGGGCGCCACUACUUAGAAGGCCCUCUGCCUGGUUCCCUGUAACUUUGCUUUUUGCAGUGAGGGAACCACCAGAAGACCCUCUGAUUAGGACCUCAGGGGCUGGGCGAUGGGGGUGGAGAUACUCCUUGAGGUAUACUGGACUGAAUGUUUUACUGAGCAAUCUGCUGUUUACAACAGGUGAAGCUCUUCCUUUUUUUUUUUUUUUUAAGCUCCCAGAAAAUUCUCCUAACUGUCCUGACUUCUCCCAAGGGAUUCUGGGAAUUGUAGUUGCGUAAGGGGCCUGAGGAUCUAAUAGAACUCUGAUUCCUUUGGAGGAGCCAUUAGUUAACUCGUGUGUGUGUGUGUGUGUGUGUGUGUGUGUGUAUACAAACACACAAACACACACACACACACACACACACACACACACAAUGUAGCAAUGGGACUUAACCUGCAGAAGCAAGGAGUAAGGUGACCUGUCAUGUAAUAGAUCCCAUGGGGAGGGAAUUGGAUCAUGGGCUCAGAUUUGAAGGUCAGUUAAAUCUCUUAUUGUUUUAAGUUAAGAUUGUAUUUUAAAAAUUAGUUGGCCCUUUUUUUUACAUUUUAAAAUAUUUUUGCAGAUUUUACAGAAGAGAUAAAAAUAUCAUCAGCUGGCAUUAACAAUAAGAAUAUUCAAUCAAUCCUAACUUAAAAGUAUAGAUUAAUAUAAGCAGUCCAUGUCCAAAUAGGUUUCUUAAAGAGGUUGCCAGUGAAGGGUCAUGCAUUCAGAUGGACUUCCUUUGUGUAAGUGCUUUGGUGAUGGGGAUACCUACAGACAGACAUUGAGAGUACACUUUUAUUGUAUGUUCUUUCCUAGAAAUUCCUGAGGAGGAGGAGGACGAGGGGACGUUGAACACUCCUUCUGAAAAUAAGAAAAAACCUUCUCAAAGGAAUAGCCGGAUUCUCCUGAGCAAGACAGGAGUUAUUCAGGAGGAGCCUCAACAGGUUUGUGGAAGCGGCUCAGUUUGUUUCACAUAAGGCUGAUAAAUGGAAGGGGGGAAAAAAUUCUGACUUCAACUUCCCUGUGUUGCAACUCUAGAAUAUGUCUGACCCAGAGGUGAAGGACCCCUGGAACCUUUCGAAUGAUGAAUUUUACUAUCCAAACAAGCAUAGGCUUCAUGGAACCUUUGGAGGCAACAUCAUCCAGGUUAAAACCAGUGGUAUCAUCUCUCUCUGUAUGUGCAUGCAUGUUUAAAUGUGCAAAAGUGCAGUCUCGUGCAGAAUUCCAGCCUUCUGAGAACCAUGUGCCUGUGGCAAAAUGCUCAGCCUUGCAUCUUCACAAUAGGACAAGAUUCUGUGUGCAGAUACGAUUGGUGAGCCAGCUUUCCAUUGGAUGCUUACAGAGCUUCUUCCCAAGGCUUAGGAUGUGGCUUUGCAUUGCAUGUUCAUAGGGUGGACAUAUCCCUCAGCCCCUUCCCUUCUGUGACCCAUGAUUGCCCUUGUUCUGGGAUGGGGACAUGUUCCUUUGGCUGGCGGUAAUGUACAUCCAGACUUUUGUACAUCCCGAGUGAAAGUUCAUGCUUGGGUUGUGUUUUUUUUUGCCUUGGUGCAGCACUCAAUUCCUGCAAUGCAGCUUCAACAGCCCUUCUUCCCCACCCACCUGGACCCCACAGAGCUCCGCCAGCUGCACCGGCCCCCCUUGAAGAAAUACUCCGUCGGGGCCUUGUCCCAGCCUGGCCCCCAUCCAGUGCAGUCACUACAAAACCACAUCGAGAAGAAAGCCAAGGUAAAGCCUCCAUUUCCUGGUUCGGCUCUGAUGCUUUGACAGCUAUGCCCUCAACUCUUUCCCACCUUGGGGGCUCAGAGAGAAACUACCUGAUGCUGUGUGUGUUUCUGUCUUCGUUUGGUCGGUUUAUAAUUUUUUAAUAUUAAAAUCUUCAUUGGUUUUAUAACUUGACACAAAACCCAAUUUAUACACUUAACAAUUCCACUUCCCGUCCUCCCAUUCAUGAUGUCCCCCCUCCUGCAAUUACCUGGUGCCUUUUAUACGAUACUUAUUCUACUUUACAUUUCUUUAUUUUUUCAUUCUUGCUACCCUUCCAUUGCUUACACUUCAAGCCUGCUUGCAAUUUUAUUUGCCUAUAAUACUUUUUGAAAAAAUUCCAUUCUUCCAUAUACUAUUCUCAUUUUGGUCUCUUUGCCAUCACUUUUGCUAUCUUCACAUAGUCCAUUAACUUCAAAAUCCGCUCCUCUUUUAUUGGAACCUUGCUGCCUUCCCACUUCUGUGCAUGCAGAACUCUGGCUGCUGCGGUCGCAUACUUAAGCAACUUGGCCAUCCUUUUUGGGAUUUCUAAUCCUAUUACUCCUAAUAAGAAUGCUUCAGGCUUUUGGGGAACAGUGAUUUUAAACUUUUUUUAUUUCAUUAUGUAUCAUUUCCCAAAAGCCUGUUGCUUUUUUUAUAUAUAUAUAUACAAGUCCAGCACCUAUAGAAAGAUGUCCCACGUGUUGGCACUUCCGACCUUUGUCCGACGCUGUCUUAUACAUCUUUGCUAUCUGCAUUUGCUCUCUUUGUACUUUCAACUUUCUCUGCACCCAGAUGAGAAGGAGUGCGCUGCAAGCCUCUGGUGGUGGGGAGAUGUUCUUCAUGCGCACUCCGCAAGACCUCUCAGGCAAGGAUGGAGACCUUAUCCUAGCGGAGUACAGUGAGGAGAACCCCCCCUUAAUGAUGCAGGUUGGCAUGGCAACCAAGAUCAAGAACUACUACAAGCGGGUGAGAGUGCUGUUGUUUGGCUGCAGGUGUUUGAGCUUCUGUAGCUUGAGGCUGCCCUUCUCACUAAAGCUGUAUUUCCUUUUGGCAGAAGCCGGGUAAAGAUUCAGGUCCCCCUGAGCAGCCAUAUGGGGAGACCACCUACUGCCAAACCUCCCCGUUCUUGGGUUCUCUUUACCCAGGCCAGCAACUCCAGGUGAGAUGUCUGCCUUUCACAAUGGGUGGGGUGGCAAGAUUGAGUUUGUGUGUGUUCUUCAGAAUUGUGUGACCUCCUUCCCAAACCCAAGAAGUGUUUGCCUGGUUUUUGGGAAGGAGGCUCGAGGGCUCUGGCAGGGUCCCAGAGCUACCACCUUCCCAAAGCCCGGUAAGCAAGGUGCCGGGCUUUGCAGAGGCGUGUCAUAGCCCCGUAUGAGUACUGUUGCUGAGCAAGCAAGGACUAGGAGUCUCUGGGGAAGACUUACCAGAAAGGAGAAUCCACAUAUGAAGUCAGACAGUCCAGGGAUCAGGGAAACCAGAUGAUUACAGAGCCCAGGUGGAGAGCAGGAAGCAGCAAGGUAAGGCCAGGCACCACAGACAUUGUUUCCAGCAUCUUACUGCUACUGGAAGCUCUAUUUAAAAAGGCUGAAGACAGCUGAUUCUCAUCAGUGCCUUCUCUGUGUCCUUGAAGGCUGAUCAGCUACAGGUGGAGUCAUUCCACCUUCUUCUCCUCCAGGCUGCUGUUCAGGCGAAACUGACUCCUGGCUCGUGACAAGAAGGCACAGGAGCUCUUGGGCACUGCCAGAGUCCUUGUGAUGCCUUCCCUGCGACCCCAGCUGUGCAGGGGGGAAAUAAAUAAACGGAGAGUGGGUUUCCUCCACUUCCCAUUUUUUCAUUUCGCUCCCCGUACCUCUCCAAAGCCACAACCUCGUAAGUAAAAUAAGCAUAAGAUGUGAGUCACCUGCAUGGCUUCUGAAGAUGUAUAAAAGAAGGCAGGAAUGCUUUCUGCCAAAACUCUCAGACACUUACAAUAAAAGCUUGGACUUGGUCAUUAGAGUUGCGGUGGAGAAUUCUUCCAUGGCUAGGGAGUCUGUACUCUGGGUGUAAGUGCUUCUCCCCAAGGUACCAGCAGAGGCCAGAUACCUGGGAAGGUGGGGGGCGAACAACUUGUUCAUGGCAGUCCCACCCAUGGACAGCAAUCCAGUACUCCCUCUGGCCCAUGACUUCAGAGAAUGCCACAGUGAACUGUGUGCAGGCAAGCAGCCAGUACUUUAGCUGUUUCUAAUGUUUUGCACUUUGGUCACCUUUGGAAAAUGGAAGGUGACUUGGUGUGUGGGUAGUGAGCUUGCACUGCUUGUACGCCUUUGAUCUUGCUGUGUAUCAACUGUCUCUUGGGUUUGAUGGAGAAUCCCAGUACAGUAAAACCUCAUCCUGCAUCCGCCUCUGCUUGCGUCCGCUUUGGCGAAUGUCUGUGGCAAACCUGGAAGUACCGGAAUGGGUUACUUCCAGGGUCGCCACUCGCGCAGAAGCGCUAAAUCACCCCAUGUGCAGAGGUGGCAUUUCGACGUGCAGAUCCUCCAGAACAGAUCCCAUCUGCAAAACGAGGUUUGACUGUAUUUCUCAAGGACUAAAGCUGGUCUGUAAGGUCAUGUUGGAUUCCUUUUCUUUCCCUGACUCCUGUUGCAGUUGACCAAGGUAGCCCCUUUCCUUUUGACAGGCAUUUGAAAACAAUCUCUUCCGGGCUCCGAUUUAUCGUCACAAGAUGCCGGAAACAGACUUCUUAGUUAUCCGGGAUCAGAAUGGUUACCACAUCCGGGAUUUGCAGGAUAUAUUUGUGGUUGGACAGCAAUGUCCUCUCUUUGAAGUUCCUCAACCCAACUCCAAACGUGCCAAGACUCACAUUCGAGACUUUCUCCAGGUUUGUCUUCUGUGGGUUACGCAAGUUAUUAGCUCUGCAGUAAGCUCAGGGAAAAUGGAGUGUUGUUGCAGCUGUGGCAUAUGGGCCUGUGCAAGAGGGCAGACUGUUAAAAAGUUUUGUGUUCAUAUUUGAGCUCAAAAAUGGAUUGGUUCACGUUCACUAGUAACUUCAAAGUAAUUGCCCUCUUUUGUAGUUUGGCUCACUUGCUUGAGACUAUUGAUUAAUUUUUUUAAAAAAUUGUUCUUUAGUAUUUUCCAAAAUAGCAUACAAUAAAACUUACCAUUGCGAAAUGAAACAAGGUCAUGCACAACUAAGACACUCCUUCCCUCCCCAAUUCACAUUGCAAGGUUGUUUUCCUCCUUCAAGAAGCUUAGCUGAAGGCACUGACAAAUUUUCAUUAUCACAGAAACACAAGUGUCCUUCCAAAAUAACCCCUGCCCUCUAGAAGGCCAAAUGCUCUGCAUGCUCAUGUUUACAAAAGAAACAAAUGGAAACCAACUAGAGUCAAAUGCAUCAGGAUUAACUACUUGCCUUAAGAAUCUAUUAGUAUGUUUCACUUUUUCAACCAGUGCUGUGUGCAACACAGUAAUACCAAGUUUGCCAUGACAGCUCUGACGUAUCCCAGCAUCAGGAAAUCUCCAUGCUGGCUUCUGUCAAGAGGAAAAAAUCUUUGUUCAAUAUAUUGGAUGCAGUGCAGGCAAUAUCUUGGAUGCGGAUUCACAUGAGGCGGAUGUGUCAUCUGGUGUACUGAGCAGUUCUUCCCUAGGUUUGGGCUAGGGCAGUGCUGCCUAUCAAGUAUGCAGCCUUAUUGUUCAUAUCCCCUUCCCAGAAUCACAGGCAAAUAAAAUAGGACAGAAAAAGCACUCUGGACAAGGCAACCUUAUAUGCAUGUGACACACAGAUCUUAGGCAUUUGUUCACUGGGGCUCUUGCUGCCCAAUGAUCACCACCAGCUUCUCAUUGUUGGGUUUGGUGCUAUUGCACAGCUCGAGCUUCAAGUCUUCAUGAUACUCAAGUGCCCCCAUUUCUUGCCAAGUGGAUCCGUACUGAAGGCACAGACUCAGCUAUGUGCAACGAGGGGGAUGCCAGAAACAGAUUGAGCCACCUCCGCUGUUGCCUGAGGAUGAGAGACAAAAGGGCUCUCAUAACGGCUCCCGUUUUCAUUUGAGCCCCAUUGGUGCUUUUUUCCAGGCUCUGAAUCUCCAUUAGCUUGGUUGCUGUCCCAGGGGGCUGCCUGAAACCCCAAAUGUCUCCCGGAAAGUUUUGUAUGCUCCUCCCAAGGCUUGCUGAGGAUUACAAUUUCUUACUUGCCCUUUACCCCAGGGUCCCAGGGCAGGUUACAGCAAUCAAAACCCAAUGUUAAAAACAGUUUGAAACAAAAUUUCAGAAAUAAGGUGAGUUGAGUCCUAAAAAUAUACAAGUGUCAAAGAGAGGUGGAUCGAGCGUUCACCAAACUGUGCCAGAUGCCCCUCUGUGGACAACUUAGGGGCUAACACAGAGAAGGCCCUAUCCUGGAAACGCCCCCCCCCCCAGCUUCUGAAGGCAGUGGAACAACCAAGAGGCCUUCUGUGGGAAGGAGGUGGUCUUUCAGAUAUUUGAGGCCUGAAUCAUUUAGAUCCCUCCUUAGAGGACUGAACGGCCCCCAUUAAGAGGUCAUUGGGCUUGGCUAUGCACAGGUUCCCUUCUUGCCACACAAUCGUAGCCCACUGGCAUCUCAAGCUGUUCCUUUGGCUUUCUUGUUAGGCCUUCAUAUACCGCCUGUUCAGUAAGAGAGACGAACCCCGGAGGAUCCGCAUGGAGGAUAUCAGGAACGCAUUUCCUUUGGUCUCAGACACCAGGGUCCGGAAGCAGCUGAAGCCCUGUGCAGUCUAUGAGCGCACACGUAAGCUUGUGCUCCCUUGCAAUACCAGGCACUAGCCUUCCUGGGAAGCCCCACUUUGCUGAGGUGGUCACUGAGCAUAGCCUUGUUUUCCUGGGGAGGGCCACUGCUUCUGCCUCCAGAAGCUCCCACGUUUCGCCUUUGUUAUCUCUGCUUAAAAGGACCAGGCAACAAGUAACAGGAAUGUCUCUGUUGCGGCUGAGACCUUGGGGAGCCGCUACCAGUUUGUCACCUCCUCCUUCAGGUUCCUAAGAUCCUCAGAGCCCUAGGUAGGCUUCUGGCCUCACAGACUGACCGGUUGGGACCCUUAGGACGUGGAAAUGCCUUUUUCAUCACAGGAACUCUUCUCUGCUUUUAUUCCCAAGGCUUGCCUCCCUGUAUCCAUGCCUAAUUGUCUAUAGCAUAGCGCUUCCCCAUACCUGCACACAUUCUUCUCCGAUAUCCCCUUAUUUGCUUUACAAGCAUGAGUGGGGUGCUCUGUGCAUCUGUUUCCAGGGUCAAAGUAACAUUUUAAAAAAUGGCUGAUCAGCAAGGGAGAAAAGCUUUUGGAAGCUGUUGAAAACUGUACCCCCCCCCCCCCGUUUUAAGUAUUAGGAGACAGAUCUGAAAAAACGUUAAGAUCAGAUAAAAUAUAAAAUGCAGUAAAGAAUCUCAAACCUUGAUAGAGAAACAUAUUUCACCACCCUGUGAUUGCAAAAGUCUGGGUAGAAUGUGUUUUGGGGUACUGAAUCUGCAUUUAUUGAUAUUUUAUUUGUCUCCGAUAUGUAUAUAUUUGGUUUUCCACCUUGGCUGUGGGUUCUGGCAUGUUGUCUACCUGCUUCUCCUGUUGCUCAGACUAUAAGGGGAAGGGACAGUAGGCCAGAGACAGAUUAAAACUCACAUCAACAUUCUAAGCACCUGCGUAGGCUUAUCUAAACAAAAACGGUUUUAGCAGUGCAGUGCCUGGCGUCAAGAAACAGGAAGUUCCAAAGUAUAGGACCUGCCACACUAAAAGAGCAGAGUUCUUACAAAUGCAGAUCAGGUAUCAUUCCUGGUAUGACUCAGCGGGGACCUCUGCUUCUUUCAGAGAUGUACUCAAACUGGUGGAAACUAAAGCCAGGUUUCAGACUGCCCACCGAAGAGGAGAUAAGAGCAAUGGUGUCUCCAGAGCAGUGCUGCGGCUAUUACAGCAUGAUCUCUGCCGAACAGCAUCUGAAGGUGAGCCUGUGUCUUUUGUGAAUAUCCUCAGUCCUUGUUGGUUGCCUUCACACUCUGCAAGAUACUUGAGAACUGCAAGGACAUCUUGCUUCUGCCAAUCUCCACCAGCGGGAGAAUUAUAAAGGCAGAAUGUAGGUUGCAAAACAUGGCCAGCCACUGUGGCAUAGUGGUUAGAAUGUUAGACCAGGACCUGGGAGGCCAGGGUUCAAGUCCCCACUCAGCCAUGAAGCUCACUGGGUGACCUUGAGGCUGAAAUAUUUUGGCUGGCCCAUCUACCUAACAGGGUUGUUGGGAGAAUUAAAUGAGGAAAGGGAGAACCUUGAGCUCCUUUUUUGGGAGGGAGGAGAAAGUGUGAUAUGAACGCAAUAAGUUUAAAUGCAAAUAAAUAUACAGUCAUACCUCUUGUUACGUUUGCUUCACGUUGUGGCUUUUCAGGUUACGAAUGCGGCAAACUCGGAAGGGUUUAGUUCUGGGUUCGCCGCACGCGCAGAAGCGAUCUAUGUGCUUCGCACAUGCGCAGAAGCAAUCUGGGCACUUCAUGCAUGUGCAGAAGCACUCUUAUCGCGCUUCACGCCCGCGCAGUAGCAACACUCUACUUAUGGACUUUUUGGGGUGCGAAUGGCACCCCGAAACGGAUCACGUUCGUAAGUAGAGGUACGACUGUAUAUAAAUUUAAUAAAUAAAUACAUCAUAAAUAUAAAUCAAUCUUUUGCUAUCAAUCAAAGAAAUAGAUGAGCCUGUGUCUUGCGUUGUGCAUCCAGCAGUGUUUUUAGCUGCAUUUGCCCUUUCAGUAGUACCGUAAUAAGAUUCUCUUGAACAUCAGGUAGAAAUGGUCCCUUCCUUUGUGAAAUUGCCCUUUUGGUGAUGGAAUAGGAAUGUCUGCCCUCCCCAACUCCUCCAGUUCACCAGGAGCCUCAAAAACAGUUCCUCAUAGGAUAUGGGGCUUUCAUUGGAAUGCUUAGAAUGUUAAAAAUAUGCUGACAGUGUGUUUUCUGGUUAGGCAGAGCUGUUGUUCUGGCCUAGGCAUUCAAAGUUAACAUUAAUUUUGUGGAGAGGCCUUAGUUCAGUGGAAGAAGCAUCUGCUUUGCAUACAGAAUAUCCCAGGUUCAAUUUCCAACAUCUCCUGGAGAGCCGCUGCCAAGCAGUGUAGAUACCAGUGAGCCAGAUGGACUAGUGUAUGACUGUCAGCUUUCUAUGUAAGAGAGAAGUGGCCAGGCUGACUGUAUUCUAGCCAGAUCCAGUGUGUGCACUUCAAGGAAGCAGAAAGGCAGUAUGCAUUCGCUAUGAUUGAGGAGACUGGAGCCUCAUCCAUCUCCUUGUUAGGCUGGCAGUUUUUUAGAUGGCUAGCACUUGACUUUCAUCAUAGCUGUGGAAUAGCACUUUGAAUAGCAGUCUUGUAAGGUCCUGUUGGAUAUUUCUAGACACUGCUUAGAGCAGUGUUUCUCAAACUUGGGUCUCCAGCUCUUGUUUGACUAUGAUGCACAUUAUCCCUUUCUAGUGGGACCAGUGGUCAGGAAUGAUGGGAGAUGUAGUCCAACCACGGCUGGGGACCCAAGUUUUAGAACAUCAUCUGAGCAGUAUCAACAAAGCCCCACUGCCCCUCUGGCUCACGAGGAGACUCUCCCCAGAGCAGAAAAGGAUGUCCCCUUCAGACUCUGGGGAGGGUCUCCUCGCAAGCCACUAGACUCUCCUGGGUGGACCCCACUUCCGGGUUCCCGGCAGAAGUGGGAAGACUGGCUUGCGUGUGGCUGCACACAUGUAGAUCGCAUGCAACUAGGGAGUUGCCUGUACUCAAUGUAAUAUAAUUUUUAAUACUUCUAAAGAUGGGAAAAACAUGGUUUAUGAGAAGUUGCUUCACUCUCCUGGGCGCAAAGUAGAAAUUAAUUGUUCUGUAAAGUUUUGCUUCAAAGCGAUGCUUUUGGUUACACAAAAAUAAGGUAACCUUUGUAUCAGGAUCUGAGUGUAACACACCAUUUCAGGUGACUCUUGUCAGAUGUCUUACCUUACCUAUUGCUCUAAGAUGACUCCCUUGCCCCAGCUGAGGCAUCCACUCAAGAGAAGGCAGGUCUUUGGGAUUCUUUGGUUGCUGAUUCUUUGGCUGCUAAAAACCUUGGGCAGACUUGCCAUCCAGUGGGAACAGGGACAACGGGAAGGCAGUAGCCUGUGAUGGGGAGAUUGUUUCCUUGAGUAUGUGGUCUCUUGAAUACAAAGCUUGCUUUCUGUUAUCACAGGUCCUGUGCUAACAGGGUGGCCCAAGGCCCCUCUGUGUGCCCCUGUUUGCAUGGGCAUGUCCCACGUGACUCAGAAAAUUGCUUCCCAACUCUUUCCUCAGGAUGCAGGUUAUGGGAUGAAAUCCUUCAUUGCCCAAGAAGAAAAAGAAGAGGAGGGAGAGCAGCAAGGAGGAGAAAAAGAUGAAGAAAACAAUCUGAAGAUAGAUGAUGAGGUAGAACCAGCACUGCACAGUGGCUCACCAGGGAAGUGCCAGAUAUUCUCAACCAUAACCUUAGAUGGGGUAGUAAUAAUAAUAAUAACAAUUGUAAGAAUGUAUUGUUUGUACCCUGAGUGGGUUUCACCAGCCACUCUGGGUGGCCUCCAGCAUAAUAAAAGCAUAGCAAAACAUCAAACAUUAAAAACUUCCUGAUACAUGGCUGCCUUAAGAUGUCUUCGGAAAGUUGUGUAGUUGUUUAUCUGUUUGACAUCUGUCAGGAGGCUGUUCCACAGGGUGGGCGCCACUACCGAGAAGGCCCUCUGCCUGGUUUCCUGAAACUUUACUUCUCACGGUAGGGGAACGGCCAGAAGGCCCUUGGGGCUGGACCUCAGUGUCCGGGCUAAACAAUGGGGGUGGAGAUGCUCCUUCCGGAUAACCUCUUCCUUCAUCUGCCAAACAGACCCAGUGUGUGACGGCUUUCUCCCAUCCACCCCUUAGAUACACUGUGCCCCCUGGAACACUACGCGAGCCUUUAUUGCAGCUAUGAAUGGGAAAUGUCUCUUGGACGUGACUGGAGUGGCAGACCCUACAGGAUGUGGAGAAGGAUUCUCCUAUGUGAAGGUCCCACACAAGUCAUCUCAGCGGAAAGUAAGUGGAUGGCCCAGGCUAGGAAAGUUAGGAAAAUGGGCCAGGCCAGCCAUUGUUGCAGGCCAGCCUCUUAGGGGGCUGCCUCCUCCUCCUCCUGCUCCUCCUCCUCCUCCUCCUCCUGCUGCUGCUGCUCCUUCAUUCUUACUCAUUGGCAAGGAAAGGGGCAGAACAGCAGUUUCCUGCUAGACCCCCUGAUUACCUCAGAGGUAAUAGGGUUAGGGAGGCUACUGGAGCUGAAGAAUUUCUCCCCAAGGCCCAGGCCUAGGAAGUGUGGGGAGGGAGACAAAUGGGCAGGAUACCAGAAGGAAGAAACCUGCUCUUCCUCCUCCAAGCAGGAUGACAAGCUGCUCCAGAAGAAGACAGUGAUUGGAUCGGAUGCAGAUCUCCGGCGCCUGUCACUCAAAAGUGGCAAGCAGAUGCUGCGACAGUUUGGAAUUCCUGAAGAGGAGGUAAGCACGGGGUAGGGGCUGUUGCAGGAGCAUGCCUUCAUGCCCUGGGCCUCCCUCGGCAGCCUCCUGCAGUCACCCAAUCUCUCGUUCUGCAGAUCAACAAGCUUUCCCGCUGGGAGAUUGUUGAUGUCGUGCGUGCGAUAGCCACAAAGCAGGCUCGCUUUGAUGAAGAAUCGACAAACAAAUUUGCCCGUGGUUCUCGCUUCUCUGCAGCAGAGCAGAAGGAGAGGUACAAGGAGAACUGCCAACGCAUCUUUGACUUGCAGAACAAGUGAGUUCUUCUGCCAAUGCUACGGGUAGUUGGUGUAGUCUGUACUAAGCUAGAUGGACGCAGUGGUCCAACUCUACAUAAGGCAGCGCUCGCUCUGUGUGUGUGUGGGGGGGGGGGGAUUGGAUGUAGCAGAGUCACUAGGGCUCAGUGGCAUUUGUGUUUCCAUCCUCCUGUUUGUGGCCCAAAUGCUUCCAUGGUGCAGACCUCAGAGAUUGACCCUUGUGGUGGUUUUCUGCUGCAGAGUUCUGGCGUCCACUGACAUCUUAUCUACAGACACUGACAGUAGCUCUGCUGAGGACAGUGAUGUUAAGGAGAUGGGGAAGGAGGUUGAGAGCAUGGUACAGGACAACAAGACCCAUCGUCAGCUGUUGAGGGACAAGGAGGAGGAGGAACGGAGGGAGCUACAGAAGAUGCUGAUGGAGAAGAAAAGCAUCAACCACAAGGAGAGGAGUGUGAAGAACCAGAAGGACGGAAAAGAGCUGUGUGAGUGCCUGGCAGGGGCAGGGAGGUCCCCAGACAGAGCACCCAGUUAUGGUCUUAAUGCAAGGGGGGGGGCACCCGUCGCACUCCUGGUGGUGUUGGACUUCAGCUUCCAUCAGGCUCAGCCAGCAUGGACUAUGGUGUGGGAUGAUAGGAGCUGUAGUCCUGGUGUGUGUGUCUGUGUGUAUACAGAUAUAGACAUAAACAUAAUUUAUUAUUUAUCUUUAAGCAGGACUGUGGUUUUAAUUUAAUUUCUCUAUAUGGGCUCUUGGGUACCCUGUUAGGUAAAAGGAGCAGGUUUUUUUUCUUAUAACAUAUAUUUUAUUAAAUUUUCAAAAAUUUCACAUAUAUAUUCCAAUACAUAAUAAUUUUUUCUCUUGUUUUGUCGACUUCCCUCCCUGUUUUUCAUGGCUUUUUUUUAUUUCUCCCUCUUGCUGCACAGAGGUGGUCUGCAAUGGGCCUGGUGCCUAAAGAGUAUGUCCUUCUCUCUAUUUCCCAGGCAUUUUAUUAUUAACUUUCUCUUUUAGUGCAUGAUGGUUUUUGUAUAACUGAUGUACUUGGGGAAGGAGGUGAUGAUUUAAUUGUUGGGCAUCUGUGUAGAAUCAUAAUUUUAUUGUGUUUAGUGCACCUAAUUUUUCAAAUUUCUUUGUAUUUUCUUUACCCUUGUGGUGGUAAAGUGACAAAGAGAGAGAGAAAAAGAAAGAGGGAAAGAGAGAAAGAGAGAAAGAAAGAAAGAUCAAUUAAUAAUAACAGUAGCCAUUGACAAGUGGCAUAACUAGCAGGCAGGUCAGGAGAAGGAUGAAACAUUUCACAAAAUGUGUUCAUUUUCAUUAAGAAUGUUUAUAAGUUGCCAACUCAUUAAAAAAUACACCAUAGUAAAACAACAAUAAAAUAAAGAAAAAAUGAUCAACAAUGAACCACAUUAAUGCUGUUCAAAUCCUUGCCCAGAACAUGGGUAUUCACAUGCAGCAAAAUAUCAGGGUUGUAGGUGUGCCUGUGUGAUUUCAGGAGGAACAACGUUCCAAAUUGCAAGCACUACUAGGAGAAGAGCCUUGUUUUGCAGAGAAAUGAAACAAAGAUAAGCAUCGGAUUAUCAUCAGGGCUUAUUCAGAUGGUGGCCAGCCUUGUGAUGGUCCUUGACCAUUUAGGCCUUGGAAAUUACAGAGAAAGAGAAGCUGGAGAGUAGAACAGAAAUGCGCAUGAGAAGCUGGUGAAGAGGCUGCCUGGAAUGCACAUUGCCUAAAAUUCUGCAUGGUACAAUGGUGGAUGACUGUUCCUUUGUGUGCGCCCUCUCCCAAGGCUCCUGAACGCCUGCCUUUGCAGCUUGCCAUAGGAUCUUGGAGACUAGGCAUUUUGUUUCUUGCCCAGGGAGUUCACUGCCUUUGACAACACAGCCAUGCUUUCCCCUGCAGCCUCCACCCCUGGCAACCCAGGAAAGCCAAGCGAUAGCAGUGGCAUGGCUUCUGCGACCAGCCCUGGUCCUGCCACCACUUCCGCCCCCCGCUGCUUGAAAAUCUUCCGCACUUUCCGCGAUGAGGACGGGAAGGAGUACAAGAGAUGCGAGACGGUCCGCAAUCCAUUGGUCAUCGACGCCUACCUGAAGAUAAGGAAAACCAAGGAUGAUGAGUUCAUGUAAGGCAGAGCUUUCCAAACUGUCUGUCACGACACGUUAGGGGUCGGCUGUAGCGUGUAGGUGUGUUGCGCGAACACUCUCCACGCUCCUCCCGGGGCUGGAAAGGAGUUAGUUUAACCUCCGGUUUGCUAGUAAAACUGAACUGCUGUGUCACAAAAUGAUGCAUGUCUAAAAUGUAUGUCACCAGCAGGAAAAAUUUGGAAAGCUCUGAUGUAAGGGCAUCGCAGGGAGCCUGCUUUCCCUUAGGGGGUGUUAUUGGCUUGUUUUCUUUUCUUGUUUUUAUUAUAUAUUUUGUGUUUUUAGCAUGUAUUUUUUUGCUGCGAACCACCCCGAGAUCUAUGGAUGAAGGGUGCUAUACAAAUUGUAUUAUUAUUAUUAUUAUUAUUAUUAUUAUUAUUAUUAUUUAUUAACAGUAUACAAAUUAUCAUUAUUAUUAUUAAUUUGAGUAGAGUGGGAAUCUCCUUGUGAAAGGAGAGGUGCAGAAGGCUGCAAAUGCACAGUAUGUUUAUAUUUUUAUUGUGUGUGUUUUUUAAAUUACACCCUGCCUUUCUGCCUCUUUCUAUAUGAAAUUUAAAGCAAGCAGGCUAACAAACAUAUGAGCAGGAUGCAGCAGGAAAUAAAACACACAGCCAGCAUAUGGAGUCAGGCAGAGUAAAUCAAAUCAGGAAGCAGCCAAUGCUGUAGUGCAGGGAUGAGGAACCUGUGGCCCUCCAGAUGUUGUUGGACUUCAGCUCCCAUCAGCUCCAGUCAGUGUAGCCAGUGGCCAGGGAUGAUGAGGGAUGUAGUUUAGAACAUCUAGAGAGCCACUUGACUCCCAGUAUGGUUUAUGUUUAUCUCAGUGCCUGAAUAUUUACUGGCUGGCCGUACCAAUAGGCCAGGGAUGGGAAAAAUAUAUGGUCCUCUGAGUGUUGUUGGACUACAGCUCCCAUCAGUGCUGGACAGCAUAGUCAGUGGUCUGGGUUGAUGGGAGUUGGAGUCCUUAACUGCCUUAACUGAAGACCUUUGUGUUUCCAGCCGGAGGUUUGCCAUCUCAGAAAAGCAGCGUAAGAAGCUGCGGUGUGAAAAGCGCCAGAUCCAGUUGAAGUUGAUGCGGCUUAAACGAAAGAAAGAGAAGGAGCAGCAGAAGGCUCCUCCCAAGAAGAAGCUCAGGUUGGAGAAGGUAAGCAGGCUUUCUUGAAAGCUUCAGCUGCUUCUGACUCCUUUUCUUGCAGUGUUAUUAUAAAUAAAGAAGUAAUGGUCUUGUAUCUGUGAAGAGACAUAUGCCAGUGUGCUGCGCAGCACCUCAGAAACCAAAGCAGAGGGCUUUACUUGCUCUUCCCCCAAGUCUAGUGGAAGGAGUCAUGCAGCCCAGCUAAUGGAGCUUUCUUUUUUGAAACAGAUUUUGAUGAAUCCAGAUUGCAUUGCAGCAAAAUCCAGAUAGAAAAAGCAAAACAAAACCCAGAGGGGUAGCCAUGAAGUGGAAAUACUUAAAGAGUCCCAUGGCACCUUAAAGGCUAACACAAUUUACUAAGGAAUAAGCUUUCCUGGACUCAAGCCCCCUUUGUCAGAUGCAUGAAGCAAAAGUUAGAUGAUGUACAAAGAAGAAAAUUUAACAUAUGCUUCAGCUCCAAUUACCACUGACUAAUUUUUGUCAUGGAGAGGAAACCUUAACUUUUAACAUUUCAGAUAUCUCAUUCAGCCCACAUUUUACCAGCUUCCUUGCGAGAAUACAGUGGUACCUCGGGUUAAGAACUUCUGGAGGUCCAUUCUUAACCUGAAACUAUUCUUAACCUGAGGUACCACUUUAGCUAAUGGGGCCUCCCACUGCCACCGUGCCACCACUGCACGAUUUUUGUUCUCAUCCUGAAGUAAAGUUCUUAACCCGAGGUACUAUUUCUGGGUUAGCGGAGUCUGUAACCUGAAGCGUCUAUAACCCGAGAUACCACUGUACCUUGGGGGGGCUUUGUCAAAAGCCUUACUGAAAUCAAGAUACACUAUGUCCACAGCAUUUCCCUGAUCCACCAAGUUUGUAAUUCCAUUAAAAAAAAUAAAUUGGAUUCAUCGGCGCACCCUGGGUGGGUAUGUGCAUGGGUUGAGACUUUAUUUUCAAAAUGUGCAAACAGCCUUUCUGCUUAAAGGUACACACAGCAGGGGAGCGCUUGGGAACAAGUCCAGCACUUUUUCACAAGCUCCCACCCCACCCCACCCCACCUUGGUUUUGUUGCUGCCUUCAGCUAGUGCUGGUGUUACAGUUGAUGGGAGCACUGCCUAUCCCUCGAUAACUCUGCUUUUGUGCUUCUGAAGUAGCCUGCAACCAUUCAUUCCUUUGCUUUUGCUUGCAGAUUACGUGUAGUGCUUGCGGUACCGGUGGGCACAUGAAGAACAACAAAAUCUGCCCAGCCAAAGUGCCCUCCAAGCCUGUUGCCAUGACGGUGGAGCAGGAGGAGGAGCUGGAGAAGACCAUCAUUCCCACCAAUGACAGUGAGCUGAUCAAAGUGGAGGGAACCAAGAUUGUCUUAGGGAAGCAACUCGUUAAGAGGUAAGGGCCGUGUUUGGCACCAUCUCACAGAUAGAGGUGCAGGGGUCCUGCCUGGGCUAUGAACAUCAUAAGAGCCUACUGGUUGACGCCCAUCACAGUCUAGUCCAGAAUCCUGUUCUCACAGUGGGCACCCAGAUGACUGUGGGAAACCUUCAGUAAGGACCUGAGCACAAAAGCACUCUUUCUCCGGUGGUGUCCAGCAACUGAUAUUCAGAAACGUUGCUGCCAUUGACAGCAUUGCCUUUCCUGCAUUUGUCCACUUUUAAAGCCAUCCAAGAUGGUGGCCAUCCUCCUGUGGGAGUGAGUUCCACAGUUUAACCAUGUCUUUCAUGAAGAAGUAUUAUUUUUAAUCCGUCUUGGAUCUCCAAACAUUCAAAUGUCAUUGGACGUCCACAAGUUCUAGUGUUAUGAGAGAGAGAGAAACUUUCCCCAAACACUUUCCCCAUUCCAUGCAUAAUGCUAUAAACUUACAUCAUGUGAUCUCUUGCUCACUUUCCUCUAAAUUAAGAAGUCCAGAACAAGGUGGAAGAGUUGAAAUCCCUUCCUGUGGACGUGUGGAAGUCAUCCACAUGUGGCAGUGGGUGAACACCUUGUCAUUGCUCGGGCCAGACAGGGCCACGUAUUCCAAAACGGAGAGAAAAUCCAGCACCUGUAUUAACUGAUUGUCUUCUGGAUGACUCCCACACAUAUCUGGUAGUAAGUGCCCAGUACUCCAGUCUUUCUCACAGACUGGCAUAGGUCUGUGCAGGACUACCUUUGAAGGUGACUCAGAAACCACAACUAAUCAGAAUGCAGCAGUAGAUUGGUGACUGGGAGUGGCUGCCGGGACCAUGUAACACCAGUCCUAAACAAUCUAUACUGGCUCCCAGUACAUUUCUGAGCACAAUUCAAAGUGUUGGUGCUGACCUUUAAAGCCCUAAAGGUAUACAGGCCUCGACCCUGUAUACCUGAAGGGGCAUCUCUAUCCCCAUCGUCAGCUCUGACACUGAGGUCCAGCUUUGAGGGUCUUCUGCUGGUUCCCUCACUACAAGAAGGGAACCAUUCUUGACAGUGGUGCCCACCCUGUGGAAUGCCCUCCCACCAGGUGUCAAGGAGAUAAAGAACGACACAAUACCAUUUACUAUUAUCCACAGGAGCAGCAACUGUCUGGUGUACAGUGUAGGACAGGUAGUACUACUGAAUCUAAAUGAAGCAGCAGGCUGCUGUGUGGGCUGAUGGGGUUAAAGUUCUUCAACUUACAGCUCCAGUUACCCCAGACUAGACCCAAUAAAAGAGUAAAUGGGCUUCAUAUUGUGCUCUUUAUGGUUUAAUCAGUCCCUCCCAGAGGGGCAGCUGGGCCCACUGGAGGGAGAGGUGGUGGAAACUGCAGGGUGUUUCUCCUCCCUCUCUCUCCUUGCAGCGCGAAUGAAGUUCGCAAGAAGUCUUUAGUCCUGAAGUUCACAAAAGGACAGCUUCUGCAAAAGAAGGAACAGGGCUCUGGAACCAUGGCUAGUAGUAGCUACUUAAACGUGAGUCCUUGUGUUGCUUUCAUUGCUCCCACCCCACCCCUUGUCCUUGCCCACUAUCCAUCUUGGAAAUGGUGGCAACAGCAAGUGCUUAUUCUAAGCCUCAGCCAGGGCUGGUUCACUGUAGACCAGGAACAGCCAAAGGGCAACUCCUCCCCAAAAAAGUAGAGACCAAUUAGAUGCUUUGAGGUGCCCUUUGUCAAGAUUCCCAAAAGUCCAUCAUACGUAAACUUUGGAAGUGCCUUUAACGUCCCACUUCUCUCUCUUUCAGCAGCCUCAGAAGUCCAGCCACCAGGGGAGCACAGCCCCCAUAGAGAUACUGUCUUAUAUCCUGGAAGGCAUUAUCAACGAAAUGGAAGAACUUCCAAAUGUAAGACCUUUUCACCUGUGAGGUUUGAUUUUGCCUCUUCUGGCUCUAUGUCAUUUGCAAAGACAAGGGGGCAUUAUCCUGUCCAUAUAUCAGGAGAGCUAGUUCCUUGAGAAAUUCUUGUCUCAUAUCAGCAUUGAGCAUUUGAGGGCAAUCUUUCUGCUAUUUCGAGGAUGUUGCCUCUCCACCUCCUGCCAAACUCUACUCCAUGAGUUGUGGGCUCAGUCUUCGACAGCUCACAUUCUGUUUAGUGGGGUGUAUGAAAAGUGCUGUGUAUCAGAAUCAUACAUCAAAAUACAUCAAAAUUAUUGGUGUCAGCAGCUUUCAAAGGGGAUCAGAAAAAUUCUCAUGGAGGAAAAGGGAGAGAGGUCAGUCAGUGGCUGCAAAUCAGGCCAGAAGAGAAGCCCAGCCCAGGGAGCUAGGGCCAUCAGCCCCGAAAACUGGCCUGAUAUUUUGUGCCAUUUGUUGGUGUUAACUGCGUUCAUAUUUUAAACCAUGGACCGCCUUGGAUGCCUUGGCAAAAAGGUGGUGUAUAAAUGCAAUAAUAAUAAUUAAAGAAGAGGUGGUUAAGUCUACCUCUGGACGCCAGUUGCCUUCCUGGCUGAGCAUAGGGGGAAACAUAAUGCUUUAUAUCCUGCCUUCUUGCAGCAAUGACAUCACAGUUGCCUAAAAAGAUGGGACCUACCUUUGGCCCGGUCCAGUGCGGCUGCUCCUGCAAUCUUGAAAUAGUGAAAUGACUGUUAAGAAAUGAUGAGGAACAGUUGAAGGAGCUGUUGGAAAACACCCUGGGGUCACCUGCAAACCCCCGGAACUCCGAGCAUCCUCCAGUGUGCGCAGCACUGGAGGAAAAGGCCUCUCCCUUCCUCUCCAGGGCGCUCAGUGACAUAGGUCAGCUUGAUAUAUGCACACUAAUCUUCUGGCACAACACAACGAGAAGAGUGAGACAUUGUAGAUCUAAGCUACUAUUUAUUUACAUACUAUAUACAGACUACAAUAUAAUGGCGACCAUUCUCUUCAGCUCCGAGAGAACAACCAAAAUAAUAAUAAUUAUUAUUAUUAUUUUUAUUUAUACCCCGCCCUCCCCAGCCAAAGCCAGGCUCAGAGCGGCUUACAAGCAAUAAUAAAAACAAGUUGAAUGAUUACAACUUAAAAACAACAUUAAAAUACAACAUUAAAAUAUUGAAACAUUAAAAUAUUAAUUGUGAAAGUACAUUACAAAGUACAUACAACGGAAGAGAGGUCAGGCUGUCUUCUGUUUCCACAGUCUUCUCAGACAGGCGUGUGAUUUACACCAGUCACAUUUUGCAGCAUCGGCUGAAUGAAAUACUAACAGGAGUUGGGCAUGUUUAGCCUGGAAAAGAGGAGACUGAGAGGAGAUAUCUGAAGGGCUGUCACAUGGAGGAGGGUGCAAGCUUGUUUUCUCUUGCUCUGGAAGGCAAGGCUUGAACCAAUGGCUUCAAGUUGCAGGAAAGGAGAUUCUGACUAAACAUACCAGAAGACUUUCUGACAGUCAAGAGCUACUUGACAGUGGAACAGACUCCCUCGAGAGGUUGUGGACUCCCCUUCCUUGGAAUGGCUCCAGUGGCCCUUUUGAGGGAGACGGGUUUCAUUAUCUGCCCUCUCUCCUUGGCAGGUGAACAAAGCAAUGGCUUUAUCUGGGUUUGUUUGUUUGUCUUAAAAAAAUGUUUUUUUCAUGUUGUUGUAUCCGUCCCUGGUACCUUAAGGGAGGGUGGUAUAUUAAGAAAUAAAAGGGAUGCUCACAUUCCUUCCCGGUUUACCUCUGCCAGACAUGUUACUUCCAUAAGCCUGUUAGCAGGAGGGGUGUCAGAAAUUAUCGCAAGAUCAUCGGCCGACCAAUGGACCUGUACACCCUGCGCCAGAAUGUCCGUAAGCAAUCUUACAAAUCGAGCAAAGAAUUCCGAGAGCACCUGGAGCUGAUUGUGAAGAACAGUGCCACGUUCAAUGGUGAGAGUUAAUUUUCUUUCUUUCUUUCUUUCUUUCUUUCUUUCUUUCUUUCUUUCUUUCUUUCUUUCUAACUGUUUCUCUUCUGCUCUUUCUUCCCUCCUUGUGCAAAGUGUCCCAGCCUCAAAAAACAGGUUACGGCAACUGGGGCAGUGACCUGGUGCUCUUUCUGAGGAUGUUCAGGGAAGAGGAGGAAUGGGCUAGGCAAAGGGCGGCUUUUAAGUAUUGAUCUUUUUUAAAAAACAAAACCUCCAAUAUUUUAUUUUUCAUUUUACAAUGUUUCUAACAAAAAAAGUUAAAUAUAAACAAAAAUCAACGUUUUCUUCAACUUCCCUCCCCUCCUCUCUACUGUUCCUUAUUUCAUGUCACAGACUUACUGCAUAACCAAUUCCAACCAAUUUAUAAAUUUUAUCUUUUUCCUCUCUAUAAGUUAUUUUUUACUGCUCGUGUUUACAUCAAUCCUGCUGAAGUUUUUAAUUGUUUACAAUUUGUCUUCAUAUAUUCAACAAUCUACCCCCAUUCUGUUAAAAAAAAGGUCUCUCAUCUUGAUCUUUUAUUCUUCCAGUAAGUUUCGCCAUCUCUGCAUAGCUCUGUAAGGCUACCUUGUGCUGGGGAAUUUCCUUCUGAUGCUCACCUGCUUUACACUGUGACCUACUUUCUUCUUUAAACCCUCUGGUGAUGGUCCUGUCUUCACUAGGUGUCCAAUUAUUUCUCUGACGGAUGGCCUUAUAUAUUUGUAAGUUGCCUGCAUGCUCCUCUUUGUAAUUUCCUGGUUUCCUUUGCUCUCAGUGUGACUGCUUCUCUUUCCCUUGUCUGAUUUCUCAACUGGACCUGCUAAGAAAAAACCUCAUCUAUCUUGAGUGAUUUCAGUUAGAACUAGUCCUUCUGGACUACCAAGGAAGAGUUGUGAUACCUGCUCCUUUCCUCUGGGGCCAUGAUCUCCCAGCAGCUUGGGGACAGUGGGAAUGGAGCAAAAUAAAAGCACUUGCUUUGCUGGCUGCUUCUCUAUUAUCGUCACACCGUGGAGCAGCCUUUGCCAAUCUGAUGCCCAUCCGAUAGUUUGGACUGCAACUUCAGUGUGACUUUGUUGACUUGGGCUGAUGGGAAUUUUGGUCUAAAACAUCUGGAGGACACCAGUUGGAUGUAAAAUCAAGUGUGUGCUCUCUGAGACUUCUGAUGAGUCUCCAGGUUAGCUCUCCAUACCACUGGGGAACAGGACCAACUUAACCACAUGUAAUCUUAAAUGUGUAACUUGCCUUUUGCUCACAACAACACCAUCGCACAAUAAAGGUUUCUGCUGUGUGUUUGCAGGGCCAGAGCACAAGUUGACUCAGAUUGCUCAGUCAAUGCUGGACUUCGGUGAUCAAAAAUUGAAAGAGGCAAGUCAGAUUGUGGAGGGAGGGGUUGCUUGUGGCUUGGAGGUCAGGGCGUUGCUUAGGGUACUUUUAGGGCUGAGCUAUUUGCAUAAACAGUUUGGUGAUUCUGGACUGAAGGGAGAUCUCUCUUGAAAGGACUAAAGGCAGCCAGAGUGGUUUGUUGGAUGCUUGCAUUAGGAGCUGAGCAUAGGACCUGCUCUCUUGAUUUAAUAGUUUUUAGUGGUAGAGUUCGAAUGGUGACUUUACUAUCCAAUACUAAUUUUGGUUUCUGGAUUUUAACUGAAAGUUACUGAAUUUGAAAGUGCAGCAUAGAUUUCCAAACAGAUUGUGAAUGUUGUAUUAGCUGUGGGUGAGAAAGAUUCCAUGGUCAUUAUCUAAUUAAACAAAACUUAUUGCUGGAAGGACAGAAUCAGAAUCAGAAUCACACACAAAAUAUGAACACACACAACAAAAUUUUUGGUUGUUGAAAAAAAAAAUUCUCCAAAUUUAUUUAAUGGUAAAACAUGAUCUAGUUUGUCUACAGCUUAUUUUAACUAUAAAAAUUUUUAAAACUGGAAUGUAGUGCUUUUUAAUAAUAGUGGUAUUAGUGAAAAUUAAAGAAGACAGUUCCAGGUAACUGAGAGAAUGUGAACAAUAAGCUUCUUUUAUGGGUCAUGUUGCAUGUGAGAAAACCAGCCCAAAUUGCUGGAGAUUUUGAGUUGUAGCUGACUUUCCUUAUGAAUAAAGAUGGGACAUGUGUGAAUGCCUUCUGUUUUAAAACCUGAACUACUGGUAAUUGGAUAGGAACAGAAGAUGUUGAAAUAUAUUUUUGAAAUUACAUAAGCAAUAAAAAUACAGUAGGCACAUAGAAAACCACCCCAUACUGAGUCAGGCCAUUGUUCCAUCUUAACUCAUUUAGCUCUCCAGGGUAUCGGGUAGGAAACAUUCACAGCUCUACCUGGAAAUGCCAAGGAUUGAACCCAGGACCUUCUGCAUGCAGAGGAGGUGCUCUGCCAUUGAGCAGUGUUCAGCAAAAUGUGGGUUGCUAUAAAGGAGUUGCUCUGGAGCUGAGUGUGUUUCUGUACCUUGGUGUCCUUUCAGAAGGAAGAUAAACUGGCUCGUUUGGAAAAGGCAAUUAAUCGCCUUCUGGAUGAUGUUCAUCAAGCGACCUUCUCCUAUAUUCUGGACAAGAUUGUAUCCCAGAAGAUAAAGGCUGUUCCUCAUGUAUGUCUGCCCUUAGCAUUUGGUGGUGAUGGAAAAGAGCUUGUGGAAAAGGGGACUGUCACAGUAGCCUUGUGCUUGGAGGAUAAAGCUAUCAGUGACUUCUAGCCACAAUGACUAUGUUCUACCUCUACUUCUAAAUACCAGUUGCUGGGAAUCACAAGUGGGGAUAGUUUCUGUUACACUCAUGUCUUCCUUUUGGGCUUUCCACUGGCCUCCACUUGGCUGCUGUGCAAGCAGGAUGGUGGGACUACAGUGGUACCUCGGGUUAAGAACUUAAUUAGUUCUGGAGGUCCAUUCUUAACCUAAAACCGUUCUUAACCUGAGGUACCAUUGUAGCUAAUGGGGCCUCCCGCCGCCGCUGCGUGAUUUCUGUUCUCAUCCUGAAGCAAAGUUCUUAACCCAAGGUACUACUUCCGGGUUAGUGGAGUCUGUAACCUGAAGCGUCUGUAACCCGAGGUACCACUGUAUAUGGUUCCUGAGCUGUAUUUGAGCAGCACUGAAUUUAACAAAUGCUGAGGCUGCACAGCUCCAAAAUUAUCUGGCUCUGGAGUUCCUUACUUUGGGUUUGACGAAAAUGCUAUAGUAGAAUCCAGGCACCUCCAGAGGACUUAGGAUUUGUUGGCAGGUAAUGGGAUGUUCCCUCUAGAUUCAGCUUGAUGUUGUACAAAAGCUUUUCAGUGUCUUAUGCAGAUACUGGAUCCAGCAUGCAAUUCACCGUGCAAGACUUGCUUGCUCAUUCUCUUUUUACCCUCUUUUUGCUUGCAGGCCAGGCUCUUUUUCCGUCCUGUAAACAGGAGACGCGUGCCAAAAUAUUACAAAGUCAUUGUCAGCCCGAUGGACCUGAGGACUAUCAGCAAGGUGCGAACUUUGAAGGGUGCAGCUGUUGUUGGUUUAUGUUGCAGCUUCUCAGAACUGUCUUUUGUAAGCUGCUUCAAGGUUUUCUUACAAUCAGGCAAUGUAUAAAUUUAGUUAAAUGAAAUAAAAGAAGCCUUGGCAGAAAAGGCCCAAGGUUGAUGGCAGCAUGUUAAAUCCCAGAUAAAAUAUCAGGAAUAGAACUGGAAUAUGGAAAUGUGGGCUGAGGGUGAAGAAAUUCUGCUUGCCUAAUCUCAGCCACCAGCUGCUGACUUGGAGGCCAAAAAGUCAUGGGGAAAAUAAAUAACUCAAAGACAUGUGCUGUAUUUUGUAACUCUGGCUUGGGUCAUGUUGAGCAAUCAGGGAGGUUGUGAUGGGGAGAAGCAGUUCUAUAUGUGAAAGGAAUCACCAGGACACUCCAAAAUAUUAGUGAAGUGUAAGGAAGAAAGGGUCCUUGUAAAGGAUCCACUUCAGACUUUUUGUAUGCCAGAAUCAAGAAUUCAUAUUGCCUCCUUAAGGCUUCACAUUCCCAUCUUGUCUCCUAUUCAUUCAUUCUAGAAUAUCUCCAGACAUAAAUACCAGAACCGAGAAGUCUUUAUGGAUGACGUGAAACUGAUCCUUGCCAACAGCAUUAAAUACAAUGGUAAGAGACCCUCUUGGCUCCUUGCCAUGUCUGCAGCCCUUUGACUCACAUUUACAGAGAGCUAUCAGGGCUUUGUGGGGCACCUUUGCGAGAAGAAAAGGCUAAGGAGUAAACCCUACACAAAUCUGGAUGGCAGUUAGAUGGCAUCUUGUAGGCCUCCUUCUGGCAACUCCUGCAGCCCAGCUGGUGCCAAACAUCUUGCUCUGCUUUCCUUUGGACCACAUCAGUGAGGCUGAGAGAGGGGUCUUGCCAGCUGGGCAGCCCAGGACUUCCAGACACAGUGCCCAGGCUUGUGCUCCAGGGAGGUCACUUUGAUGCUGCUAAUGAAGCAGUUUAUCUUUAUCCCCGGAGGCACACUCCAUUGUCUCUUGAGACAGACAGAUGCCAGCAAUAAGGGCAAGACCUGAAUGUGACUCCACAUCUACUCAUUAAGACAUUAAUGUAUGCUUUUCCAAAAUGUAGAUAGUUCCCUUGAUGAAAAUUGCUUCUUCUGGGGACUUUUCUGUUAAGCUUCUUCAGCUCUUGGGGUCCAAUACUGCUUUGUAAGCAGGCAUGAACAGAAUACAGGAGGGCUGGUUAAUCCCCAGCCUGGGGCUUCUAAUCUGUCCUCCCCAUCCAGCAAUUUUUUCUGUCCCCCAAGAUCCCACCAAUUUUGGCAGCAAAGGGGCAGUCACAGUGCUGAGAAAGCCAGAGAGCUUUUAAUUCUCUCCACUGAGUCCAGCUACCUGGUGGACAUGCAACCUACUCUCUCCCACAUUAUCAGAUAGAUCAUUUGAUUGAGUGGAAAGGGGGGAUUCCUCUCCUCAAGCUAGCUGGUUUGUGUUGAUUAGCUGAGGAGGGGCUGAAUGUCUGGUGUGCAUGUUGAGAGUGUGCAAUGCUCACUUCCACUGCAGGCAUAUGGCCCCUGGGGAGCGGGAAUUGGCAGACAGGCCUUGAAAGUUUACCUGCUCAUGGACUAGAGUAUUGGUUUUGAUUAAAUCUCAGGGCCUCUUAAAAUGUGCUUGGGGGAGGGGAGGUUCAGGAGUCUUACAUGGUCAGAGCUUAAAGAAACCUUAAGGAGUUCUGCAGGGAAGAGAGCCUUUGAAGAAUACCACAUUCGGUUGCCACCAGUGAACUUGGCAAAGCUUUGGAAAGCUCUGGCUGCAUAUCACAAGGAAGCAUGGACCUUGGCCCUGAAGAAGACCACUUGGAAGUGGGUUGCUUAUUCCUGUGGCUUUCUUGUGUGCUCAGGUCUUAAGGAGCAGCAUUAAGGAGAUGUGGUUGGUUUGUUUGUUUGUAUUUCCAAUUCAGGUCCUGACAGCCAGAACACAAAAACAGCUCAGGAGAUGGUGGACAUCUGUUACAAGGCACUAGAAGAGGUAGGUGGCCCAGCAAGCCAAUGCUGCCAAGGACCGUUUUUAAUUCUUCAGCAAACACUUACUUUCUCUGUCUUUCUGCUUCUUCAGUAUGAUGAGCACUUGACCCAGCUUGAGAAGGAUAUCUCUGCUGUUAACAAAGCAGCCUUAGAGGAGGCAGACCUGGAGAGCUUUGACCCAACCAUCUCUCAGCCCUGCAUGCCCCAGGUGAGGCUGCUUGCCAAAGCUCUCUUUUCAGGGACCCUCUUCUGGCAUCAAGGCCUGUGGCUGCAGUUUGGGGUGGUGGCUGCAGCAGGGAUAAUGUAUGUGCUUCUUUCUGACUCAACCCUGCCUAUGUUGUUCUGCUUAUUAGAUUUCUGAGCCACACCUCCAUGCUGAACCUAGUAGCACUGGGAGACCAUCUGGCUGGGAAAGAGCCGAUUGGCCAGCUAGGCCCUUCCUGGCUACUUUAGCAGGCAGCAUUGCCUACUCUGAUUCUCUCCAGUGGCUUAGACAAGGAGGAGGUUUUCCUAUCACCUGGUACCUGUUCCUUUUUAAAUGGGUGUGUGUGCGCUAGAGACUGAGCUGCUGACCACCAGCUUGAAGAGCCCCAUCUUCACACAAAGUCAGAGCAGCCAAUACUGCCUGUGAGAGAACACAGUACUUGGGCUAGUUGGGCAGUUGUCUGACCUGGUGUAAGGCAGCUUUGCCUUGGCCACCAGCAUUUCUUUCAUACGGCAGGCACAAGAACUUUACAUGGCUGCCACUUCACUUAUUCAACAGGCUUCCAGGAAUAGUUAUUGUUACUGAAUCAGCGAAAAUAUUUCUAGGUUGCUUUACAUUCAAGGCUUCAAAGGUGACUUGCACUUAAAAAAACGAAAACAAAUUAGUAACAAAAAUCACAGGUAUACACAGCGUUAAAGCAGCACAGAAAUUACAGGCUAGUUGUUGCUCUCUAUUACGAUUACGAUUACUACUACAAUUUUUAUGCCAUCCUGAGGAUUACAGGGUGGUUUACAAUAUAAAAACAAAAAAAUGCAAUUGUAGCAAACAAAAGCAAUAACUCCUCAGCACACAGUUUAAAAGGCCAUAGAUUGUUUCAUUAGCCGAAAGCCUGUUAGAGAGGAAUGUUUUCUCCUGGUGCCUAAAGGUGUAUAAUGAAGGUGCCAGGUGAACCUCUCUGGGGAGAGCAUUCCACAAAUGGGAUGUCACUGCAGAAAAGGACCAGUCUCACGUUGCCACUCUCCGGACUUCCCAUGAAGUGGGCGCAUGAAGAAGGGCCUCCAAUGAUGAUUGCAGGGUCUGGGUCAGUUGAUAUGGGGGGAGGCAAGCGGUCCUUGAGGUAUUGUAGUGCUGAGCUGUUCAAGGCUCUAUCGGUCAAAAUCAGCACUUUGAAUUGGUUCUGGAAACUAAUUGGCAGCCGGUGCUGUGGGCCAGGAUUGGCAUUAUGUGCUCAAGCCGUCUUGCCCAUAACAGAAGUGUUCUGUUCCACAGCUUUUAACGUCAUGUGAUGUUUCAUUAUUUUAUUCACUGCUGGAGGCUCAGAUUCCCACUGACUUUGGGCAAAUCAUUGGCUCUGCCUCACUCACUCUGCAAGGUUGUUGUGAGUAUAGAUGAGUAGAGCAACCUUGUGUGCAAGGUGGUUUCAAAUCAUCUGCUUGCUGCAAAAUACUGCAGAAGUAAGUACUAGUGCGGCUGGUGAUGCAGGCACUUGGGUUUAUUUCUGAAACCACUGCAGUUUGCCAGGGCCAUUUUUAGAGAGCAGCUAGCUACCUUCAUAUGCCAGGAAAUUCUCUGCAACCUCCUUUCUACCAUUGGUUGUUCCAUCAUGACAGAAAGUGGAAGAUGAAAACAGAGAUCUGGGUGAAAAGGAAGAAGGCUCAGUGCAGCAGCCUCAGGCCAGCAUGCAUUAUGAAGACUUGACCCUGUCAGAUAACGAGGAGAGUGACAGCAGUGGCAAGGAAGACGAUGACACUUUCACACGUAAGUUUUCACUCUUUACAUAGCAAACUGCCUUGCACUGAGUUAAACCAUUGCUCCAUCUAACUCAUGGUUGCCUACACUGGCUGGCAGUGGUUUCAAGGGCUCCAGAUCAGCCAGGGGUUGGACCUGGGACCUUCUGCGUGCAAAGCAGGUGCUCUGCCAUUGUGCUGUGGUCCUUUGGCUAUUAGCAAGAAGCAAACGCUUGUGAAUUCAGGCAAAUGUACAUUCCUUUCAGUUGCUGUGGCUUACCAGGACCGUGCAAACUGAUCACAAGCUGUUGCCAGAGUUUGUCCUUGGUUGAAGUUUGUGGUUAGUGAGGAAGCAUCUUAAGCCAAGACCCCUCACUUUUUUUCUCCUCCCAGCUUGCUUAAACCAGGGGCAAGAUGUUCCUAGCCAAUCCACAGAGCCUUUUGGAUCUGCCCACUCCCCAUCUCCUCUUCUGCACCCCUGUGUGGUUAUUAACCUCUCCCCCCUCUAAGCCUAAUUGCUAUGCUGAUGGGGUAGAGGUUUUUUUCUUUGGCAGUAGGGGGCAGCAGCCCUUUCAUCCUAAUGCAGGAUUAGGGGAAAACCACUCUAGAACAGAUUAUUUCCUAAGCCUAAUUGCUGUGCUGAUUGGGGGGGGGGGCUUCUUUGGGGUGGGGGCUAGAAUGUAAGGAGGGGUGGAGUAAUGCUCCCAUCUCCACAUGAUGCAGAGCCUAAAAAUUGUGCUCCCUGCAUGACAACUUGGCUUAAAAAAAGGUCCCAUUUAUGACAUUUUUUUUCUAAGACCAAUUGUCAUGCAGGUGGUGAUGGGGAGGGUAGAGAUAAGAUGAAUAGUGACUGAAAUGACUAUGUGUGGAUGGGGAGAAUGAGUAUGCAAGGGGCCAUAGGGAUGUGUGAAUGAAUGGAAGCAGGGGAGAGCAUGCAGAUGGAGACUCUUCCGAUUUCAGCUUUGGCUCCCCCCAUUGUCAGUAGACUCUUCCCCACCAGUUUCUCUCAGGGGAAUCAAACUUUUGACUUAAAAGUUUACUGCCUCUGCAGUAGAGCAAAUGAUUAUCGGAGAUGCCUAGCUGUUAAAUGCUGAGAAAGGAAAGCUGAGGAUGGCGGAAACAUAGUACACAUGAAUGGAAGAUUCCAUGUGAGAAUGGGGGACCCCAGACUGAAAAAGCUUCCUCUAGUCUUGUUUAUCAUAUGGCACUAACUUUUCCAGUGGCUGACUUUAUUCAAAUGCAAAAUGCUUUUGAGGUUCUUAUUUGAAGUGCAGCUUAGCCACCUUCUGAAGGAUGACAAAACUACUCAAAGGAGAGCAGUAUCCUUGGAGCCAUUUGCAGGUGACCUGGGGGAUAAAACAGGCUUGGGUAACUUUAUUAUGGCUACCCAUUUUCUGUCCUGUUGUGCAGCAAUCCAGCAAAGUGAAAGUAGCAGAGAUUCAGGUGCAGGAUCCUCUGCAGUGAGACCGAGACAGCCUUGUGUUCUUCAAGAGAAUGUGCAAAUAGACAAAGACAACAAAGACAGCAUGAUGUCGUAUGAGGCAGCAGGGAAGAUUUCACAUGCCAUGGAGUAUAGCAGUGCCAGGUAACCAUAGACAAGUGUGCUGUUGGAGCCAUUAAGGAGUGUUUGGUUGUCUCAAAAGCAGGUUGGCUGCGCUCAGUUCAGAUUACUCUUAUGCGUUGCCUUUGAGUUGUGGGCCUCCCUGUUCUUUACUGCUCUUCUGUUUACUGGUUACACUUUCAUACCACCCAUCCAACCAAGUUCUCUGGGCAGUCUGCUCAUACAAGAAAAUAUGAAAUGCAGUACACCAUUAAACUCUAAAACCAAAGUGGGGGUUGGGGAGGGAACUCACACAGCAAGAAAAAGCCCAGCAAAAAACAACAACAAACAUCUAAAAUUAACAUAAAGCACAGCAACUAAAACAAUUUAAACAAUUCAUUUCUCAAUGGCUGCAAUUCCAUCAGUCACCAAACAAAAACAUGCUAUCAUAACUUUAGUAGUAACCCCCAUGAGUCAAUCCUGGCUUCUUUGCAGAUGUGAUCCUAGUCAUGGGCAGGAUUAGUCUUCCCUAUUCUUUAAAUAUUUACAUGGAUUAGUUCUUGAACUUACAUAAAAAUAGAAAGUGCAGCAGCACACAUUCAUCUCACGAGGGGAGUAAUAAUCUUAUUCCUGCAUUGCAGGGGUUUGGAAUAGAUGAGCCUUGGGGUCCCUUCCAACAAGGCAACUCCAUGAUUCUAUCCUAUCCUAUUCUAACCCAAACCCUUACCCUUGCCAUGCAGGAUUAAACCUAUGCAAUUGCCUUAGGGCACUGCUCAUGAAAGGUUCAUUCUGAUGCUAAAAUGUUCAGUCUCUUAACUCCAUUUGCAUCUGAUUCUGCCUGCAAUGCUUGCAUAACCUCCUUCCACACAGCAAUCUUGCCUCUGAUGGGAGCAGUCUUGAGUGGUAGGGUUGCGGUGGUAUUGCUGCACCAGAUGCACACCUUGAAGGAUGGCUGCACAAAUGAGAUGGCUUGGAUGGUGUUCAAAGAUCAGACAGAUUCAUGGAGAAAAAGUCUAUCCAUGGCUACUUGCCACAAGGGUAAGAGGCAUUAUGCCUCCGAAUGCCGGUUGCUGGGAAUUGGAGUUGGGAAGAGCAUUGCUGUUGUGCUCAUGUUCUGCUUGCGGGCUUCCCAUAGGCAUCUGUUUGGCCACUGUGGGAACAGGAUGCUGGACUAGAUCCAGCAGCCAGCCUCUUCUUACAUUCCUAACGAAUCAGAAACCAUUCACUUGCGGUGAUAAAAAUGUUCAGAGAAGCACCAAGUGAAUGCUACUUCGCAUUUACAAUGUAUCACACUUUCGUGUUUUCCUUCACUAUAUUGUUUCUCUUCUGUAGAGUGCUCAGUACACAUGAACUUAUUUUCUUUAUUGAGGUCAAAGUCCAGACAGCAGAAUUAACAACAGGAACAAUUUUGUCUACUGCGCCCGCCCCUUGAAAAUUCCCUAUAAGCUUAUUUGCAUUUAAAAUAGCACUCCUUCAGCCAAAACCUAUGUUCCAGAGUUUAAAAUCAGUACUCAUUCAUCGACUAUCGCUGUCACUGCAGCCUGUCUUGUCCUCGUUGCCAUAAAACAGAAUUUCACGACAGGCCUGGUGAUAUUCAGAUCUUUUGUCAGCAAGAAGAUAUUUAACAUAGGUUUCCUCUGAGCAGCCAGGUAAUUUCCUUAGUAACCGUUGAAUUAGCUCUCUUUCGGUAUCAUGAUACAGUGGGCAAUAUAGAAGAAUGGGCCCAGUGGAUUCAAUCUCAUCAGAAUUGCAUGGGUAUAAUCUCUGUUGGACUGGGAUGUCAUGAUAUCUGCCCGCUAAUAAUGCUGAAAGGAGAACAUUAAAGCGGGCUCUGGAAAAUGCCCAACAGUGUUUAGAGUUGUCCAGUGCACUUAAAUAAUUUGCUGGAUAGGAUCUUUGAAGUUCGUGUAAAAAUUACAAAUUUUGGAGGAUUGAUUAAGAUCAUUUUGGAAUUCUCUGUCCCAGAUUUGUUCUCUAAUUAUUUAAGAUAUUUAAUUCUCUAAUUAAUUCUCUAAUUAAUUAAGAGCUAGUCCUUCCCAUUUCCAGACCUAAAAUAUAUUCAGGAGAAAGGCCAUAUAAAGCCAGUUUUCUUGUGAUGCCCUUCCACCAUUUUAUUUGAUAAUUAUCAAUCAGUGUAAAAGAGAGUAGCCCAGUUUAGGUCUUAUUACUGUAAGUCUUAGCCAUGUGUACAGAGUAACUAGCCACACUUUGGCUUCAAUCCUAUUUAGGCCCAUCUGCAGUCUACAGGGCUGCAUUGGGGACACAUUUAGGAAUUUGGAGAAUUGACCUUGGGAAUCCUGAUUGUAGUUUUUCAUAGGGGUCCAGAUUAGAGAGGGGGACUAGUUGUGCACCAUAUCAUAAUUGUGCUAUGGAUUUUACAGCAAAUGGUUUGAUAGCAGCUGGGUUAAAAAUUUCCUCCCUUUGCUCAAUGGAAUCUUAAGAUUGCUGCAGUACUUUUUUGGGCCAUAGAGGAAGUGUGAUUAAUAUGGGCAGCUUUCUUGCUUGAAGCGUGAAAGACAACCCCUAGAUAUUUGAGACAGGUGACUUGUUCAAUGUCUUGGUUAUCUAUGCACCACCUGUAGGUUUUCCUUCUAUUGGAGAAAACCUUGACUUUUGUUUUUUGGUAGUUUACUGCUAAUUGAUCCUCCAGUGUUGGACUAGUUUCUUAAGAGCUCUCUUAAGGCCAAUUUGUGCCUAAAACAGGAUGACAGCAUUAUCUGCAUAAAGCAGGAUAGGCAACGUUUUAUCUGCCUUUUGGGCAUGUAUAUCUGUCCCUUGAAGAUGUUUAAUAAGGGAAUAAAUGUUAAAACAAAAAGGGGCCAAUAUGCAACCUUGUUUGACUCCCUUAGCUAUUAUAAUUGGAUUAGGAAGAUGACCUGCCCAGCUGCAUCUCACACUUGUGUUGCUGUAAAGUUUGUAUAUCAACAACAGCUAGCAUCGGUCUAUCGUCUUUCUAAGUUUGUCCCACGCUCAGUACACAUGAUAAAUAACAACAGCAUCAUGAGAUUUCUUUCUUUUCCAGUAGCCACGAGGACGAGGAAGAAAGUGACGACCUCCCUUCCAUUGCAGGAGACAGUGAUCUGGAUUCAGAUGAAUAA